UAGGCAAACAACUACAGCGUCUAAUAAACAAUUAUAUUUGGGAAUAUAAGAGACCACGCAUCCCGAGUAUACUGCUACAAAUCCCGGUGAACAGAGGAGGGACAGGUCUCCCUAAUAUUGCACUUUACCACAAAGCCGCACUACUAGAAGCAGCAAUUAAACUGCAUGCCCCCUCACAUACAUUCCAAUGGGUAGACAUGGAGAAUGAUUAUUUUCCGUGUUCCUCAGUGGUAGACGUACUGUGGAUGCCCAGACACCUCAGGGAUAAGAACACCUUAAUGCUCCCUACCUCUAGACUCACACUCCAAAUGUGGGAUUACCUCCAUAAACGACAUGCGAGCACUACAAAAUUUUCUUCAUGGGCUCCGAUAACAACGCUACAUUCCAUCUCUCCGUGGUUAUCUUUACAUAAAUGGAAAGACAAGGGCAUCACUCACAUCACAGAUAUAUGUCAACAAGGGACCAUUUUACCCUUCCCUGAUAUCCAACUCAAGUACACUCUACCGCCCAACUACAUAUUCCCAUACCUUCAACUCAAAAGCAUAAUUAAAGAAAAGGUACAAACCCUGACCCAACAUGCUCCCGCCCCAAACCUUGAUCUUAUCGCUAUAUAUAAUAGGUGCCAAAAAACACCAAUAAAAGCUAAAGCUUUAUCCCUUGGAUACGCCGCCUUAGGGCAACAUCCCCCACUGACGAAUUUCGCUUUUGCACUCCAAUGGCAUUAAGAAGGACUUCCACAGCUCACUAAUGUUCAAUGGCUAAGAUCACUUGGGGCACUCAAAGGCGUUACCUCAUGCUACACCCAUAUAGAGGCACAUAAGAAACUUAUGUAUCGGUGGUACCUCACACCUCACAAGCUACAAAAAAUUUACCCAGCCACCACAAACACAUGUUGGUGAUGCACUAACGACAUAGGGACGAUGAGGCAUAUCUGGUGGGACUGCCCAAAUAUCUCCCCAAUGUGGACUGAAGUCCAACGACUGGGCAAUUCUUUAGGAAUAUUGAAUGGAAUUCUAACACCUACUAUUGGUCUGUUCCUAUUGUUGCCUGCUCAAAUUUCUGCACAGGACAAACAACUACUGAUUAUACUAAUACUGGCAGCGCGCAAUCUCAUUGCAUGCCACUGGAAACAACAGAUUUGCCCGACUCCACAGCAACUACUCCACAAAACACAACAGUAUCUGAGACAUGAGAUGCUGAUUAGAUCGACACCUAGUCGUAGAAAUAUCACACAUAAUAACUGGCAACGUUGGAGCAUCUACACAACCGACAGUCAGAACCCAGGGUAACUUAUCAUAAACACAUAGGCCACUAUACAUGCCGAGACGGCCUUAAACACAAACAUGAUGUACGACGCACGACCUACAACAGAAUGGAUACACAUUUGUAGGUGUUAACGACUGCUCAAGGUGUUAUUUCUGCAGCUAAUUAUUUGUAACUACUACAUUGUAACUAUCUAAUACUUGUGGAUACCCCCCCCCCCUUCUUCCUUUCUGUACCCCCACAUGGUUGCUUUGAAAACGCAAUAAAAUACGAAUUUGAAAAAAAAAAAAAUGCAGAAAAAUAGUCUAGAAUUUGCCUUUGGAGAUUAAAUAUCACACCUUGCACUAAUUUAUCUUAAAAUUCUAGGUCAGUAUAAAAGGGAAGAUAUCUCACUGAAGGUGCCUGAGAAUACAAUUAAGGAUUCUGUGAGAGCUUACGUAACAGUUUUGGGUAAGUGGAAACUGCAUCAGGAAGUAUGACUGAUUGGCUGAAAAUUUCUCAGAAUUUGGGCAUGAUAAGAAUAGAAGUGCAAAAAUAAUUUGAACAUAUUUACUUCUAUCUAACUCUCAUCUGAUAAUCUACUAAUUGAAUUUGCUCUGUACUUGUAACUUCACUAUCCCCAUCAAACAGUGGAUGCAUGUUGAUGUGUUUUGAAUAUGAAGAUCUUCAAAAAUAAAAACUUUCAUUAAAGGGCUAUUUGUAUUAAAGGGACACUAUAGGCACCCAGACCAUUUCAGUUCAUUGAAGUGGUCUAGGUGCAUUGUCCCUGUGCCCUUUACCCUGCAUUGUAAAACAUUACAGUUCUAGAGAUAUUGCUCAUGUUCAUUAGGUUCCCGUUUGGUGCUGAUGUUUUAGGAGGUGAAGGCGUAGCGAGCUGAAAUAAGGUAAGUGAAUUCAAUGGUUAUUUAACCCUCUGAUUGCUGCCAUCUUCCUCUGUCUGUUCCUCUUCAGGUCCUGGCGCAUGCAUAAGAGUACAUCAUUGAGGUCUAUGGAGGAUACAGGGAGACUGCAGGAACCUCCAUACACAGAGUCAAUUCCCUGCAUCCAUCGCUAAUGAUGGAGGUUGGAAGUGACACUGUAGCUCCUCCCAGAGUCUAAACAAGUCAGCCUCAAGAAAUAUACAAAGACAAUGUAGCCUUUACUUUGUAUUUUUAUCUCUCUUGACUGGGUUGAAAUUUCUGUGAGAUUCCAACACAGUCAAAAUGAGUAUUUCAUAAAAUGCUAUAUUUUUAUGAAAUAUCCAUUUUUCAGGUGGUAUAGAUCUUGCUACUUCUCAAUUCUCUGCCAUUCAGGAGUUAAAUCUCUUUUGAUUCUGUUUAUGCAGCCUUAGCUACACCUCCUCUGGCUGUGACUAACACACCCUGCAUGAAAGCAUGGUUUCCUUUUCCAUCAGGUGUUAACUUGCUUUAAAUAUUAUCUCCUGCACUUUAAAUUGAGCUUUAAUCACACACAGGUGAUUCAUGCAGUGUUUAGGAAGCCAUUAACAAAGCCAGAGAUAUGAAAUUCUAAAUUAAACAGACUGUGAAAUAAAAGAAGAGUAAACAUUAGAUCUCUUUUUACAGGAAGUGAUUAGGAAGGCUGUACAAGUCACAUGCAGAGAGGUGUUAUUAGGGCUGUAAACGUGAUUUAAAUCAUAAAUGACAGAUAAUAGAACAGUAAAAUUGCAUAGGCAUGAUCAAUACAUUAAAACUGCUUCAUUAAGCUAAAGUUCUUUUGGUACCUAUAGAGUCCAUUUAAGUGAAGAGUUUGACACUAUAGUUUGUCUUCUCUGUUUAUUGUAUAUCUCAGUGGAUAGACAGAUUAAAUGUCUUUCCAUUUGGUAUUUCACUUUAUAUGAUGCACUUUUGUAUCUUAGAUGUUUUUCAUAUAUUUAACUCCGGCCUCCUUCUUUUCAAAGCACUAUACAGAUUUACCUCCUACGGAUUAAUGCUCAUGUUUCCUUUUAGCCACAUAAUCCCAUAGUCUGAAAACAGACAUGCAUCAAUCAAGUUCAUUCUUUCUCACACUUGUUUUUUUUUUCAUAUUAAUCCAAAAGAAGGCAAGAAACCAAGUUUGAAGAGCUUUGCAAUUUUGCAGCAAACAAGGAAAAAAUAUUUCUCGACCCUGCAAUGACAGUCAGAUGGGUCAAGAAGCUGUUACCCCACCUAUUAAAAAAACUAUAUUCCUGAAUAUUAUUUGUAUUCAUAUAGUUGCUGUUUAAACAUUUGUACAACCAUUUCCUUUGCCUUAGACUAAAUCUCCUUUCUUCCAGUCUAAAUUUUAAAACAAUGAAUUUAUGUGGCGCAAAAUUAGUGGAAUAAUUUUAUCUUCAUUUAUUUGGGGUUUGUCGUCUAUAGGAGAUCUGAUGGGAACAGCCCUGCAGAACCUGGACAGAUUGCUGGCCAUGCCAUAUGGCUGUGGGGAGCAAAACAUGGUGCUCUUUGCUCCCAAUAUCUUCAUUCUACAGUAUCUUGAAAAUACUCAUCAGUUAAAUAAUAAGAUCCUGAAUAAAGCCAAGACGUUCCUAGAAAGUGGUGAGGAACAAGAACAACAACAUUUUCUUUGUUUAAGGUUUUUGUUUUUAUUUUCUACUCCAUUGUCAUAACCUUGUUGUAUCCAGCUAUCUUUGCAUUUUAUGAUUUUGGGUCCAUAUUUUGUAAUUCAUAACACUGAUAAAUAAUUUACUUAUUAUUAUUAUUAUUAUUUAUAAUGGGCCAAUAGAUUGGUGGACUGAAAAACAAGUAGUUGAAACCAGACAAGAUAGACACACAGGAACAGUGGGGUUGAGGACCCAGCUUGAUGAGUUUAUAUGCUAGAGGUAGUGGUGUAUAGUGACACAAAAGGUAAGGGUAGAAUAGAAAACUAUGUUGCUAGAAAAGUAUUCAUUGAGGGGUUGAGUGUUUUUUUUUUUUAAUGACAGUUGCAGGAGAGGAAUCAUAGUGUGAGGAGGGAAAGCUGUUAACAAUUUAAUUGAUAUGCUGUCCUGAAGAAGUGAGUUUUCAAUUAUUAUUUUUUUUGAAGGACUGGAGACUGGGUGAAAGUCUAAUGGAGAAGGGAAGAGAGUUCAACAGGAACAGUGCAGCCCUAGAGAAGUCUUGAAGGCAAGGAUUAGAGGUGGGAGUAUGAGCAGAGGAUAGAUGUAGGUCUUUGGCAGAGCAUAGUGGCCUAAAUGGGACAUUCUUGUGCAUUAGAGAGGAUAGGUAGGUUGGAGCAUUGUGUAGAGACUUGAAAAACAAAGUACCAGAAUUUUAAAUUGAGCCCUAUAUGUAAUGGGAAUUUAAUGCCGGAACUGACAAGGGCGGGGCAUGGGAAGUACGGAUGCAGAAUGAUGAGUCUCACCUCUGCAUCCAUUAUAGAUUAUAACAGGCAAGUUGGGAUCACAUGAGACCACAGAUAAAUGGAUUGCAGUAGUUAAGGUAAGAGAGGACAGUGGGUUGGACCAGCAUCUUAGCCGUGUGCGGUGUUAAAUAGGGGUAAAUAUGAGCUAUGGUUUUGAGAUUAAAGCAGCAUGAUUUGGUGAUCGAGAGGACUUGAGGGCCAAAGGAGAGGUCAGAAUCAAGGAGAACACCUAGGCAGCGAGCCUGCGAUGUACAGCUGAUGGUGGUGCUGUUGACUUGGAGGGAGAAAGACAGUGGGGUAACAACACACGAGGGAGGAAAAACAAGACAUUCUUUUUUGGACAGAUUAAGUUUAAGGACGUGAGCAGCCAUCCAGUUAGAAAUAGCAGAGAAGCAGUCAGAGACACAAGUCAAGAGGGGCGAUGAGGAGAGGACAGAUAGAUUGCAUCGUACCUGCAUAGAAAUUAUAUUGGAAACCAAAGUAGCGGAUGAGUUUACCAAGGGAAGCAGUAUAGAUUGCGAACAGUAGUGGACCAAGGACAGAGCCUUGGCGAACCCCAACAGAGUGGGGUUGUAAAGAAGAGGCCGAGUCACUGAAAGAGCGCUGAGAGAGGUAGGAAGAGCACUAGAAGAGAGCAGUAUCUUGUAGACUGAAAUUACGGAGUAUGAGAAGAAGCUGUUGAUGAUCAAGAGUGUAAAAAGCAGCAGAAAGGUCAACGAGAAUUGGGAUAGAAUAGAGUCCAUGGGAUUUUGCAGCGAUUAGAUCAUUGGAUACUUAAGUCACCGCUGUUUCUGCAGAGUGAUGAAGCACAUGUGUAAUUUAAUUUAUUGAUUGUUUUAGGGUACCAAAGAGAGCUCACCUACAAACAUGGAGAUGGAUCAUACAGUGCCUUUGGGGAGAAUGAUCAGGAGGGAAACACAUGGUAAGUGAUUAAUUACUCAGGAUAGGUUAGUGGGAAAAUAUACUAAUGAAGUAAUAAGGCAAAGUCAUAUUUGCUCCAGUAAAGAAAUCUUUUUUGAUGAAUUUACAUAGUUACAUAGUUACAUAAGCUGAAAAGAGACACGUAUCCAUCCCUAGUUCAGCCUUCCUUACAUCUGUUUUUUGCUGUUGAUCCAAAUGAAGGCAAAAAACCCAGUCUGAAGCACUUCCAAUUUUGCAACAAACUGGAAUGGCAGUCAGAUUUAACAUAAUGAAUAUUAUGUUUUUGCAAGUAUGCAUCUAGUUGCUUUUUAAACAAUUUGUCUCAGUCCCCACAUUUUACAUAAUUUAAAUAAUUUCUUCUAACUUCACUUCAUCCUACAGGUUGACUGCUUUUGUAGUAAGGUCUUUCAGUAAGGCCCGUCCCUACAUCUUCAUUGAUGAAAGUCAGCUAACUCAUUCUAAAACUUGGUUGAGAAACCACCGCAAAGACAGUGGCUGUUUCCGUAAUGUGGGAAAACUCUUCCAUACCGCAAUGAAGGUAACAAAGGCUUCUUUAAGAUUGAAAAUAUGCUGAAAUUAAAGAAAACAAUAAGAAAUGUAUUAAAUACUAUCAGAGUAUAAUUUUUGAGAAAAUAAUAGGAAUACUUUUUAGAGAUAGAUAGUGAAAUGAAAAUAUCAUGUUAAACAAAUGCAAAAAAAGAAAAGAUAGCAUACAUUAGCUCAAUAAUCACAUGUAGACAACUAACUCAAAAUUAACUGCAAAGUAAAAUAAGUAACACAUUCCCCAGAUAGAUGGCCAUAGUCAGAGGAAUGAAACCAAGUUCAUAUGCUUAUAUAAAUAAGAGGUCCUUGUAAUGUUUUCAUAAAGGGCUGGAGUCUAGGGAGAAUGUCUCAUGGGAUGAAUUACAUUAAUACUGGAUAGCUAUAGAGAAGUGUUGGCAGGAGUUGGAGGUGCAGGCAUUAAUACAGGAAAGGCAAUGGGGUCAAUGGAAGAGCAGAGAAAGUGAGAAGAAUAUAUAUAUAAAUAAAUCCUCAGAAACAGAGAAAUCCAAUGCUUACGGAGUGAAAAUAGCAGUAAAAGGCAAAAAGUAAUAUAAUAUGAAGAAAAAAGACAGCGUAAGAACGGAAUAUCUGAUUUAUAUCAGUAGAUGGUAGAUAAUGCAAUUUAAAAUAAGAUUAUGAUAUUAUGAUUAGACUAUACAAUAAGUUGCGAGUAAACCGAAUGUCACAAAAGUUAACAACUAUGUCAACGUAACUAUAAUAAUCCUGAGCAUAGACAUCUGCAAGUUAAAGUGCCAAGCUUAAUAUUAAAUAAAACAGAAUAACACAAGGCACUCACCAUUUAAGCCAAUAUGUUGCAAAUUCCAUGCAGGAGGCACAGGCACAAAAAGGGAACAAAGGAUCACAAAGUAGAAAUAAUAAAACACAUAACAUAUAGGAUGGCCUACUGCUACAGCAGCAUAAGAAAUACACUGGAAUAGUGGCUAAAAUAUAUACUAUAAUUGGGGAUUUUAUAUUUAAUGUAAUCAUAAAUAUUACAAUUUAACCCCUUAAGGACCAAACUUCUGGAAUAAAAGGGAAUCAUGACAUGUCACACAUGUCAUGUGACCUUAAGGGGUUAAAGACAUAACGUUUACUUUCCUUAUUAAUGGAAAGGAACAUUUUCCAUUGCCAGGUACAUGACUAAGUAGCAAACUAAGUAAAAAAAGAAAACUGAAAUAAAUAAAUGUAAAUAAAUCUUACUAUAACUUAUUUUCAAUGGUGUAUAGUAACCUUCCAAAAUGAAUAUCCCCUUUAUUGGUUGUUGUGAUUGCCACCUUUUGGAUUUAUUCAUUCCCAAAAGGGAUUAAAUGGUGGUGUAAAUUCAUUAAACUAAUAAAGCGUUUACGAUUUUUUGGAUUAAAUCAAAUCGAUAGUGAAACUAAUUUUGUAAUUCUGGCUAAACCAAAACUUAUUGACUGAACCCAGACAAACCAAAAUGAAAAUUCUUUCAAUUAACAUCUCUAAUAGAUACCUUUACUAGAGCAUGUAGUUUCAUUUUUAUGAUGACGAUUGUGUUACAGGGUGGAGUGGAUGAUGAAAUUUCUCUUACGGCUUAUGUAACAAUGGCUUUAUUGGAGUCAGAUGUACCACCAGAGGUAAGUUAUUCUUGAGAUACUUAGGUGUCUCAAAAAUGUAUGCUCUGCUUAUUGGCUAUUUUUAUAUAAAAAAAUGAAGGGUCAAUUUACGAUGGCCCAACUCUGUUGUUGGUUUGUUUGUUUGUUUUUUUACUUGUGGUGAAACAAAUUUAUUCCAAAUUGAUACUUGAUCACAUUUGUCUGCUAAUACAAAAGAAUAAAGACUGCAAAACUGCUCCAUGGUAGACAAAAGAAGCACAACCCCAUUCCCUAUUUGUUAGAUGGGAUUGCUUUUUUUCUGUUCAAGAGAGAUGAUUUUAUGUGGGGGCGGCAGGGGGGGUGUAAAUCCUUUGCCUUCUGGGACAUACUAUCAAGGUCAGACUAUCUAGUGUGUCAUUGUAAAAAAACAAAACUUCUAUUACCCUAGCAGACUUAUGUGAUGAUGAAUGGGAAAAGAAAUAACACAUACAUUACAGGCACCUGAUCCUAAUAACUAUAAGGACAGAGAAAGUUGAACCAUUCUGCCACUCAAAGUGUACUGCUUAUCCCCCUAAAUAGUAGUGUGUAUGCCCAUUCCCUUUCUCUGAAGGAAUAACCCUCCCUCCCUCACCCACUAGCUACAUAUUCUCAAGCCAGUUACAACCAAUGCAUCUAAACAUCCACCACAAAUCCAAAAUGACAAUAAUAUCACUUUAACUCUUUUACAUUUUUGAGGAGGAGGAAUACAACACAAUGACCUAACAAAAUCUUGUUUGAAGAUCUUUUUUUUUUUUUAAAUUAAGUUGUAAAAACAUGACAAAAAGUCAAAAAAAAAUGUUAAAAAACAACUCCCAAUAACAAACUUCCACUAAAAAAACCAAAAAAACUAACAGAAUUAUAUUUUAUAUAAUUGCAUUUCUUUACUUUCUCUCUUUCAGCAUGUUUGCCAUUUUGUGUGUUUUAAUUUAGUCUGAAACUCUGUGGAGAGUGUUUGGAGUGCCUGCCAACAUUGUACUGGAAAUAUUAUCAUAUAAUUUUCUGUUUCCUACUGUUUGCUCCACAUAUUAUUUCAAUGCAAUUCUUGGUAAUCCUAGAACCCUGUUGUGGCAGAUGCUUUAGCUUGUCUGAGGAAGGCCGCUGUGGAUGUAAAUAACGUAUACACACAGGCUCUCCUGGCUUAUACUUUCACUUUGGCUGGAGACACAGAUCUCAGACGACAACUGGUGGAGAAACUGGAUAAACAAGCUGUGAGGAAAGGUGAGAGAUGAGUAUAUAAAGAACUAAUACAGAGUGAUGUACAAUAGAAGUUCAAAAGGCAAUAAAAGGCACAGUAACUUAAGAAAAAAAACCUCUCAGUAGUGACUGAUCCCCCACACUUCAAUCAAUAUAAAGGAAAGUGAUAAAUAAAAUGAGGUGGGCUCACAUCCAAUACUCAUCAGCUUGUCAGUUUUAUCAAUCCUUUUUAUGACAAAAAUACAAUAAAACAUUAAAAAAACUAAAGAAAAUCUUAGUGCAGGUUGGCUGAUAUAAUCUAGUGAUCAAAAUAUGUGUAAAAACCCAUCUAGGGCAAGUACAAGUAUAGAAACCACUCCAAUAUCACAAUUUGAAAUAAUAUAAGUAAAGGUGUAUCCAACCAUUAUCAUACAAAGGAUAAAUACAAACUGACAAGUAUAGUCUAUGAGCUCACCUCAUUUUAUUUAUCACUUUACUGAUUAUGUAAUGUAUUUUCUGUAGAUUUCUUUAGUCAAAGUAUUUCUUUUAGACUCAAAAGGUAAUCUUUUUCAAAUUCAGUCCUUCAUGGACUCAUCGUGUGUUAAUACUUAGAUUAAACAUGUAUGUUAGCGCUACAAAAAUUAGUUUGGAUAACAUAUUUAAAGAAUAUGAACAUGUAAACUUUUGUGAACUCAACAGAUAAAGUAGAGUGGUCAUGAUACAUAUGUAACAAAAUAAAAUCCUAUAUAAAUUCCAUACAUAGGACAAUCCUGUGACACGGGAGAGUGGGAAAAACCAUCCUAUAGAGAUUUCAAUAUUGCAGAUGCUCUUAUAUUCCCCUGGCAAGUGUGCCUUGUUAUUUGCCAAAGAAAAUCAUAGGAAUGGACUGAAAGAUGUCACUACAUUCAGUUACCAAAGCGUGACAAUAAAGCCACUAUGUCAGCAUUUUGGACCAGGUAUACCAUGCUUGGGGAAGUGUUCCUAAGAUGGCCAAUUGUGUGAGUAGUGGUUUAACACCCUGAACUGAAAUAUAGAUUAUGAUGAUGCUGACAUUAGUCCAGGUUGUAUUUUAAAAGAAAAGCAAUACACACACACACACACACACACACACACACACAUAUUAGUGUAGAUUGGAAUAGCCAUAUUAGUCCAGUAGACAAGAUGACAAGAUGAAUUGCUUCAGACCUGAGGAAGAGAGGAAAACUCUCAAAAGCUUGUCUUUGAAAUAUUAUGUUAGUCCAAAAAAAAGGUAUAAUUGCAUAUUGCAAUACUCUAGUAUUUUGCAUUAUAUAUAUAUACACUGAACAAAAUUACAAACACAACACUUUUUUGCCCCCAUUUUUCACGAGCUGAACUCAAAGAUCUCAAACUUUUUCUAUGUACACAAAAGGCCUAUUUCUCUCAAAUAUUGUUCACAAAUCUGUCUCAAUCUGUGUUAGUGAGCACUUCUCCUUUGACGAGAUAAUCCAUCCACCUCACAGGUGUGGCAUUUCAAGAUGCUGAUCAGACAGCAUGCUUAUUGCAAAGGUGUGCCUUAGGCUGGCCACAAUUAAAGGCCACUCUAAAAUGUGCCGUUUUACUGUAUUGGGGGGCUACAAGGGGGUCCGAAAACCAGUCUGUAUCUGGUGUGACCAUCAUUUGCCUCACUCAGUGCAACACAUCUCCUUCGCAUAGAGUUGACAAAGUUGUUGACUGUGGCCUGUGGAAUGUUGGUCCACUCUUCUUCAAUAGCUGUGCGAAGUUGAUGGAUAUUGGCAUUACCUGGAACAUGCUGUCGUAUAUGCCGAUUCAAAGCAUCCCAAACAUGCUCAAUGGGUGACAUGUACAGUGAGUAUGCUGGCCAUGCAAGAACUGGGAUGUUUUCAGGUUCCAGAAAAAGUUUACAGAUCCUUGCAACAUGGAGCCGUGCAUUAUCAUGCUGCAACAUGAGGUGAUGGUUGUGGAUGAAUGGCAUAACAAUGGGUAUCAGGAUCUUGUCACUGUAUCUCUGUGCAUUCAAAAUGCCACCAAUAAAAUGCACCUGUGUUUGUUGUCCAUAACAUACGCCUGCCCAUACCAAAACCCCACCACCACCAUGGGCCACUCGAUCCACAACAUUGACAACAGCAAACCGCUAACCCACACAACACCAUACACGCUGUCUGCCAUAUUCCCUGUAGAGUGAAAACCGGGAUUUUUCUGUGGAGAGAACACCUCUCCAAAGUGCAAGACGCCAUAGAAUGUGAGCAUUUGCCCACUCAAGUCGGUUACGAUGGCGAACUGCAGUCAGGUUGAGACCCUGAUGAGGACGACGAGCAUGCAGAUGAGCUUCCAUGAGAUGGUUUCUGACAGUUUGUGCAGACAUUCUUUGGAUAUGCAAACCGAUUGUUGCAGCAGGUGCCCGGGUGGCUGAUCUCAGACGAUCUUGGAGAUGAAGAUGCUGGAUGUGGAAGUCCUGCGCUGGUGUGGUUACAUGUGGUCUGCGGUUGUGAGGCCGGUUGGAUGUACUGCCAAAUUCUCUGAAACAUCUUUGGAGACGGCUAAUGGUAGAGAAAUGAACAUUCAAUUCAUGGACAACAGUUCUGGUGGACAUUCCUCUAGUCAGCAUGCCAAUUGCACACUCCCUCAAAACUUGCAACAUCUGUGGCAUUGUGCUGUGUGAUAAAACUGCACAUUUUAGAGUGGCCUUUUAUUGUGGCCAGCCUAAGGCACACCUUUGCAAUAAUCAUGUUCUCUAAUCAGCAUCUUGAUAUGCCACACCUGUGAGGUGGAUGGACAUAUAUAUAAAUAUAUAUAUAUAUAUAUAUAUAUAUAUAUAUAUAUAUAUAUUGUUAGAGUAGUAGCUUGACAUGCAAAUAGACAUCACAUUUCAGACUUCCAAUGGUAUUUACAGAGAUACCCUUAGGAACAGACACUGUUUCAAAAAUAAUUAUGGUGAUAUAAAUAAUUUGAGAGGUUGAACAUGAUAUUUUUUUCCAUAGGGCAAAUACAAAAAAUACUGUUAUGAUAUAUAGAAUUUAUCACUAUGGUAAUUAAUAUAUUCCUUUCACAAGGAGAUGCUUAAAGUCAAACGUGUUUCAUGUAAGAGAGGUCAGAAUACUUUGGAAAUAGCUUAGUUUAAAUAAAUGUUUUGUUAGCAAUGUGACCAAGAUGGAGUAGUCUCUGAACACCAAGAAAGAAAAGUCCUAGUUUAUACCAAUCUCUUUUUAAAGAGGGACAUUGCUAUGGCACUCAGGGCAAGACUACCACUAGAAUAAGCUGCAGGGGUUAUUUUGCUUAGAGUGACCCUUCAGUCAUCUGUCUAGCCCAUUUGUUGCAUCCGUACUACUUUUUACUAGUUGUUGAAAUAUUCUAGGGCUUAGCUCCAUAACUUAUUCCUUGCUGUGCAAUCAAGCUCCAUGUGUCCAUUAUUGUUGAGAUGAAUUAUACUGCUAUAUAAAAAGAAUGUAGUAAAAGGUUAAGCCACUGAAAACGAGUCUAUCUAUCUAUCUAUCUAUCUAUCUAUCUUUCUAUCUAUCUAUCAUUAGUUUGUAAAAUAUGUCCAUGCUUUUUAUAGAAGGACAACUACAUUGGGAGCGUCAGUCUUCCACCUCUACCUCCGAUAGUUCAAUUUGGAAUCGUGCAUCCUCUGCAGAGGUGGAACUAACCUCAAACAUGCUCCUGACCAUGCUCUCUGGGCCCGAAAAAGACUUGGGCAGAGCAUCAGAGAUAGUGAAUUGGUUGAGCAAGCAGCAGAAUCCAUAUGGGGGUUUUGCAUCUACUCAGGUAAAUUAGGAGUUAUGAUAAUUCACAGAUACAUACUAUUAAAAGAAGAUAGACCCACAGCAGAUAAAAUAUUGAAACCCUCAAUGUAAAAAUAAAUAGAGUGAUGUGUAACAGUGAAAAACAAAAAAAAGGUACAUGCAGAUGUAAUACUAAUAUUUGAUACAAAAUACAUAGGAAGACAACAUCCAGAGCAGGUACUGGCUUUUGCAUACUUGAUGGUUAUUUACUAACGUAAAGUUUCUGAUAUUUAACUUACUUUUCUUAAAACACGUAUCUUGUGUGCAACGUCUGUACCUGUGACAAAUCUGUGGUGUUCAGUGAAUUUUGCAUGAGAAAUUUGAGCUUUUUGCUCACUGUGAUAAUGUAGCCCUUUUGAAAAUGAAGCUCUCAGGAAUGAGGCUGUGGUUUGUAGAGACAAUAAGAAUUAAUGUAAAUUAAAUAUGACACACUCGUUGGGUGCAUUGGUAAAAAAAAAAUGGAGUUCUCUUGCAAAUGUGGCAUUCUAGAGCAAAGCUACAUAGUGUGGGGGCAAUGAGAAUGAACAUGUUACUAUCAAGACAUGAUUUAGUUUCCAGGCACAAUGCUAUAAGUAAUCAAUUCUAUUAAGUUCAUUUAGGAAAAAUACAGAUUUUGUCAGAAUGGACAAAAUUCAUUAAAAAUGACCAAAUUCCACAUGCAAUACCAAUAUUUACUAAAGCCAGAUGCAGUCAGCAUUCUGUUGGAUCGAUCUUAUUCUUUUGGAAAAUUACCAAUAUCCACAUGUGAGCCAAUUGAAAGCACAAGAAUAAUACAUUUAUAAACGUUUGCUUGGGGAACGAUGAUAAACCAAUUGCUUGCUUUUUGGCUAAUUAAUUGAUAAUUUGAAGUACUAUUUGCCAUCUGGCAACACUAGCAGCCAGCAGGCAAACAGUUAAAAACCUUCUGUGGCGUGAGGAUUAACUACCCAGCUGUGUAGAGUAUAUAGAGGUACAAUACCUUCAUUACAGAAGUAAGGGGGUUUUAUUGACCCCCCAAUAGGAUUUUUAUUUAUUAAUAUUUUUUAAUGUGCGGGUGUCAAGCAAGCAUUUGCCAGUUAUCAUAAAAUUAACCUUAAAGGACCACUAUAGUGCCAGGAAAACAUACUCGUUUUCCUGGCACUAUAGUGCCCUGAGGGUGCCCCCAACCUCAGGGUCCCCCUCCCACCCGGCUCUGGAAAGGGGUUAAAACUUACCUUUUUCCAGCGUUGGGCGGAGAGCUCUCCUCCUCCGAUCCUCCUCUUCUCCUCCCAUGCGGCUGAAUGCGCGCGCAUUCAGCCGGUCACAUAGGAAAGCAUUCAUAAUGAAAAUCACAGUGAGAAGCACGCAAGCGCCUCUAGUGGCUGUCAAUGAGACAGCCACUAGAGGAAAUAGGGGAAGGCUUAACCCAUUCACAAACAUAGCAGUUUCUCAGAAACUGCUAUGUUUAUGAAAACAUGGGUUAACCCUAGCUGGACCUGGCACUCAGACCACUUCAUUAAGCUGAAGUGGUCUGGGUGCCUAGAGUGGUCCUUUAAGGAUGCCAAAGGUUUUCUCUAUUUGCCCAGAAGGUGGCAGUGCAGUCAGCAGGCAAAUAGUUUGGAUUUUUGAAAUUCAGACUCAAAGCAUUUGGGUGUGGAUUUGAAGCAUUCAGUAUGGAUUUCAACCAUCUUAGAGGCUCUGUCACCUCAAACUUACUCCUAUUCUUUUAAGAUUAACCAAGUUUAGUUAAAUACAUAAGACAACAUAUUCUCUUCUUUGUCUUGUGUUCUAAAGAGAACUAGAUCAGAAACAAAGUAAAGAAUAAUAUAUUCUGAAAGAGGAAACAAUAGGAGAAAUGUAAAUUUGAGGUGACAGAAGCACUUUAAAUAGUAACCAAACGCAGGUCUUUUUAGGACCUGAAUUGCAAAAUCCAGAAAUUGUUACAUGGUGAACACAGUCUGAAUCUUGCAGUCCCAAUGGCCCCGUAUGCAGCCAGAUUGUUUUGCCUCAUAUAGGAUGGGGAAUUUUGAUCUUUAUUGAAUAGACCCUUGAGUGUUGGAUAUCCACCAUGUUUACUUGUUUUACUAGAGUAGUUUGGAGAGCAUAUGUGCUUUAUCUGAAGAAUUAUUCUCUUUUCUUAAACAAUGCAGGGAGAUAUAGUGGGUGCAGUUUUCAUUGAUAUUACUAUGCACAAAAAAAACAAAGAAAAAUGACACCAAACCUUAAUACUACCUUCCUACUUCACAGGACACGGUUGUAGCUCUCCAGGCUAUGGCUAAGUAUGCUGAAGCCACAUUUAGUGACAUUAGCAAUGUGACAGUGACAGUCCAAUCCCAAACCGGAAUGAUGGAGUUCUAUGUUGAUAAUACAAACCGGCUCCUGCUACAGACAAUGCCACUGUCUGAUGUCCCUGGGAAUUACACGCUGACAGCUACAGGAACUGGUUGUGUCUUUGUGCAGGUUAGUGGUAUUCUUAAAGGGUCAUUCUAGGUACCAUAACCACUUAGAAUUCCUGCAAAAUACAUGGUGCUUAGAUUUCUUUUACAAAGAGUUGUUAGGCGCUCGCUAUAGUGAUUGGAAUAGAAUGUGUAGUAUACAGGCAGCAGCAAACAAACCAGGUAUUCCCAGCCCUUCUGAAUAGAUAAAUUGCAAGAGAAGACAAAAGUAAACCGUGCCCAGUGUACAUGUACAAAAAAAAUUAUUACGUACAUAGGUCUUUAGAUGGUAGUAUACAAUUGACCUCAAAAAAUAAAAAGACAAAAUAAUGGUGCGGCACAGUAUGUAAAGUGCAUAUGUAGUAAAUAAACUCAGAUUACUCUCACUCACAUUCUUUUGAGCUAUCUUAGAGCUCUGCUGUUUUUUAAUGGAUGGAAUAAUCCCCGUCUAAGGAUAUGAAGUAAUGUAGUCUUCUCAAAUGCUCCAAAUAAAGUGCAAUUUGCAGGAUAUUUGAGGAAAUAAAUACAGGAAAAAGGAGAAAAACUCCAAUGGUGAAGUAAGUACUGGUGUGCAAUAGAUGUAUACAAUAUGUUAAAGUACUCACAUUUGCUUGAGCAGAACUUGCUCUAGUGUAAACAACAAAUGGUGGUAUAAUCCCCAUCUCAGGAUAUGAUGUUACCAGGAAGUAGCAGGUAAAAUAAUAAGGUAUCGCUCUCUCUAUAUAUAAUGUAUAAUUUUAUUUACCAAACAAAAACAAUAAAAUAGUAAAAUAGGGAGUCGCACUUGAUGUGUUUAGCCUAUCCAAGGCUUCUUCAGCAGUAUAGUUAUAUCCUUACAAAGUUCUGUUUGUAUAUGUUGAUCUUGAUUGAAAUUACUUCCUGGUGAGGGUAAAUGCUGACUUCCUGUCCAAUGCUAGAACACACAUGUCACACCGGAAGUGACACAGCGAUUAACUGGCAUUGGUGGUCUCAGGGGCCUUGGUGUAUCGAUAUGGAAUGCAUAUGUUAUAAAAAAUGGCAUUGAUGCGUUCCAAAUGUCACUGCUGUGGGUCCUUCCCACAGCGAGCCCUUGGCGUAUGUAUAAAGUUUUAUUAUGUCCCACCUCAUUGUGGAGUCUCUUUAAUCCCUGUUCGAUAUCGGAGGAGGCGUGGUGUCACAAAGAAAGUGACGCAACGGUAGUCUUCAAAUGUAGUAUAUAACUGGGUAGUGGCUUGACGGCCAUAUUGGAAGAGGGCAAAAAGGAAGGAAAAGUGUAUAAACGAUAUAUCAGUAUAACCUUCUGGUAUUUGGUGGAAAUAUAAGUCUAUAUGUAAGGAAUAUCUCCAUCUACUAAUAGUAUAACUAUAAGGGGCCAUAUGUAUAGGCAUAACAUAUAUAAUUAAAGAAAGAUGGUAGAACAAAUAUGAUAUUAAGAUAAAAAUAAUGCAAUUAUGGUUGUAAUCCUGAUUAUACGAACAUAUGGAUAUAUAAAUAUUUAUGUGUAUAUAAAAAAAAAUACAAUAAACAUAAGCUAUAUAGAUAUACAUUGUAAAAUUCACAAAUAGAGUGGAUAAGUGGCAGUGCAUAUAAAUGCUGGUGCUUAAGUAAUGAUGAGCCAACCAUUAGCAAUAAUAAUGGUAGGGGAAAACAUAAUAAGGGAGACAUAAUGGAAAUGAGUGUAGAAAAAUAUAUACAAAAUUUGUAAAACAUGGCUACAUAUGUUAAAAAAUAAUAAUACAAAGUAUAAUUUAUAAAAGGAUUAAAAAAAAAUAAAAAAUUAAAUUCUGCAUUUAAACCUUUAGAAUGCAAUCUAUCCAUAUAGUAAACCCAUUCCAUUUCUGUCUUCCCUAUUUUUUUUUAUAAAAUCUCCCGCCCUCCAGUGGUUUCUUACAAUUGCAAUGCCCGUGAAUGUGAGAUCUUUAGGAUUAUUGUCAUGCAUACAAAAAUGUGAGGGUACAGAAUGGUUUUUAAAUCCUUAACAAUGUUUCUGCAAUGCUCUGCAAUUCUUAUUUUGAGUGGCUUUAUAGGACGCCCUAUAUAUUGGAGGCCACAUGUGCACUGCAACAAGUAGAUUACGUUUUUACUAUUACAAGUGAUUAUAUCUUUGAUGUUAUAUGUUUUUCCAGUUUUGUUUGAUUUAAACUGAGUUCUCAGUUUUUCUGUUGCAUUAGUCCUUUUGCAGGCUAAGCAGCAUUUGCAUUUGUAAAAACCUUUUUUAUCCAUACAAUUGUUAGCUUUGUUUGGGCUUGCCUUUGUAUACUUUUUCAUAAGGUGCAUUUUUAGGUUUGGUGCACCUGUAAUAAUUUUGGUCUUUCUGGAAUUAUGUCUUUUAGUGAUUAAUCUUCUUUUAGUAAAUGCCAGUGUUAGUUUAGAAUAUUCUGAGUUGUCUAUUUUUAAUAUUAUAAUCUAACAUGAUAAGUAGGGAGAUAUUUUGAUUUAUUUGGGGUUUUCUCUGUGUACGAGCUUUUUUCUGUUCAGCAGUAGUGUUUGGUUUAAAGUAGACUCUAUUUUUUUAGUUCUGUAUCCUUUUUGUAUAAAUCUCUUUUUCAGAUCUUUGGCUUGUUUUGUGAAAAUAGGCUUUUCUGAACAGUUUCUUCUCUGUCUCAUCAUUUGACUCUUAGGUAUAGUCUCCAGCCAUACUUUGUUAUGGCUGCUCUUAGUAUCUAUAUAGUUAUUUACAUGUACAUCCUUGAAAUGUGUUUUGGUAUUUAUUUUAUUAUCCUUUAUAUAGAUGUUCAAGUCAACAUAAGUAACCUCAGUAUUGCUAAAAUUCUGCAGUUAAAGCUAUACCUUCAUCAUUAGAGUUUAAAAAGGCAAUAAAAUCCUGUGCUGGUGAAACAGAUCCUAAAGAGGAGGUCAUCUAUAUACCUUGAGUAGGCUACCAGGUUUUCCACUCAGCCAUGCCCAUUCCAAAUAAAACGCUCCUCCCAUUCUGUCAUGUAGAGGUUGGCGUAGCUGGGUGCAAACCUGGUACCCAUAGCUGUUCCCAUUUUUUGUAAAUAAAAACCAUCUUUAAACCAAAAAUAAUUGUUUUUUAAAAUUAUAUCUAUACCUUCUAUUAAAAAAUAAAUUUGGUCCUGGAUCAUGGAGCCUUCUUUUUCUAAUAUUGUCCUAAUUGCCUGACAGCCCUUAUCGUGUUGAAUUAUCGUGUACAAUGAUUGUACAUCACACAUAAGAAGUACAAAAUUCUCUUCCCAAAUUAUAUCAUCUAAUUAUUUUAAAAGACCCAUAGUGUCUUUAAGAUAAGAUCUAGUUUUUAUGACAUAUGACUGCAAUAACACCUUGGGUGUUGAACAUUUAUGUAAUGGUAUUCCUUUUGAUUCAGGAUCCCUGCAUCUACUCCCUUGUGCAAAAAAAAUGUUUUAAUAUUUUAAUAUCCUAAGUUGGGUUAUGAGCCAUUCUUACAUAUGUGUUUAAGUCGUUCAAUUGCUUAUUAGCUUCUUGUUCGUAUUGUUCUUUAGAUAGUAUGACAAGGCCUCCACCUUUAUCAGCAGGUUUAAUUAUUAUAGAUUAUCGUUAUACAGAUCUUUUAAAACGUGUCUUUCUUUUCUAAUCAUGUUUGGUUUAUCACAAGUUUUUCUUUCUAGAGUUUUAAGGUCUUUACAGACCUUUUUUUCAAAUAUUUCAAGGGCACUAGAUUUAUAGUGCACUGGGUAGAAUGCAUCAACACCAUUUCUUUUAUGAUGUAUGCGUUGCAGACCGAUACAAACCAAGUCCACUGUGACCACCAAUGCCGGUUAAUCGCCGCGUCACUUCCGGUGUGACGUGUGCGUUCCAGCAUGGUAGAGGAAGUCAGCAAUCACCCACACUAGGAAGUAAUCUUCAAUUAAUAUCAGCAUAUAUAAACAUAACUUUGUAAGGACAUAACUACACUUCUGAAGAAGCCUUGCAUAUGUGAAACGCUUCAAGUGAGACUCCCUAUACUAUUUUAUCUGUUUUAUUGAUUUUGUUUGGUAUAUAAAAGUAUACUAUAUAUAUAUAUAUAUAUAUAUAUAUAUAGAGAGAGAGAGAGAGAGAGAGAAAGAGAGAGAGAUAUAUUCUUCUUUUACCUGCUACAUUCGGGUACCAUCAUAUCCACCCUUGAGGUUUACACUAGAGCAAGUUCUGCUCUAGCAAAUGUGAGUACUUUACCUAUUUUAUACAUCUGUUGUACACCAGUACUUACUUCACCAUUGGUGUUUUUUUUUCCUUUUCCUGUAUUUAUUUCCUCAUAUCAUGCAUAUUGCACUUUAUUUGGAGGAUUUGAGAAGACUACACCACUUCAUAUCCUUAGACGGGGAUUAUUCCAUCCAUGUGCAAAACAGCAGAGCUCUAAAAUAGCUCAAAAGAAUUUGAGUGAGAGUAAUCUGAGUUUAUUUACUGCAUAUGCACUUUACAUACUGUGCUGCACCAUUAUUUUGUCUUUUUAUGUUUUGAGGUCAAUUGUAUUCUACCAUCUAAAGACCUAUGUACAUAUACUUUUUUGUACAUGUACACCUGGCAAGGUUUGCUUUUGUCUUCUCUUGCAAUUUAAAUUUCUUUUAGCCCACACUAAUUCAUGAGAGGGGCUUAUAAUAGCACUGAUUUAUAAAAAUCACUGCCGCUAUAGGAUAGCUAGUUAGGGAUGCAAAUCAGGCACCUGGCAGUACUUUGUUCUGUGUGACCUCAUAUCAGUUUUGAGUAUGUUGUGUGUGCAGUAGGAAGGCUCAUUAUCCUUCCUAGAGAGAGCCAAGCUGUAUACUAUUGCUGCACAAGGAAAAACAUAUCUCAGUUCACUAAACAGUGAUGCCAGCCACAGUUUAUAAUGUUUGUAAUGCAAUUCCUUUUCAUUAGAAUUACUUAAUUGUGAGUGGUCUGUGUGCAACUGUAGAUAGACCCACUAGAAAGUGCAUUAUGUGGAUCUUUCAAGGUAACUUUUUUUUUUUUUACUUACUAUAGUUUCAAUUUGUCCCCUUUUAAAUGUAUUAUUUGUAUAUUUCAAUAAAAUUUAGGGUAAUUUUUUACUUUUUGUAUUGUCUCACUCAUUUUUGUUUUAUCUAUAAUUUAAUUAUCUUGCACAGAGUGUCAUGAGAUACAAUGUUCCUCCACCUAGAAGUGAUGCCACAUUUGCAGUCAAUGUAGACGUACAACCAAAUGAGUGUCUUGGAGAUCCAGUUGCAAAGCUUGAGAUCCACAUCACUGCUAAGUAUGUUCUCUCUGAUAUUUCAUUAAUGUUAUCAACCUCUCUGAUUACUUGCAAACCCAGCACAGACACAAUAUUUACUCCUCCAUGUCUGGUGACACCCCACGCAUUUAUACUUUGUAUCCACCAACCCAUGUUCUUAGAUUCCAGGACGGUUAUUCCAUUUUUUCACCAAUCAAUGGCCUCUCACCCCCACACAUUUAUAGCCUGCAUUCACCACUCCAGGCCUUGUGACCCUUACACAUUUAUACAAUAUAUUCACUCCUUAAUAUGAUCCAAACUAUGUCAUUUUUUGUACUCAGAACUCCAAAUAAGCAGAUGAUCUUCAGGGAUCCCUGUAUUCCAUUCACAUUACUUACAUAAAUUAAAGUUAGAAGCUUUGGACAAUAUCUCUAAGUGGAUCGAAGUUUAAUAGAAGGAAAAAAAAAGAGUUCCAUAUUUUAUGAAUGUUUUUGUAUGCACAGUAAUGAUAAUCACGAGCUUAGCAAAAUAUAGAUCUCUACAAGUUUUAAAAAAUAGCUGUUUAGCCUAAAUAUGGAAAGUAGAUUGCCAGUGCACCACAUUUUACUAUGUACAAAAUAAAUCUACAUGUUCUCUCACUGUUAUCUUAUUCCCUGCAUUGUGAAGCAGCAUUAUAUAUUGAUGUGUAAUCUGUAGUUUUUCUCCUACAGGUAUAUUGGAUCCCGAGAGAAAUCCAACAUGGCCCUUAUUGAAGUCAAGAUGCUGUCUGGGUUUAUUCCAGUGAAGAGCUCAGUGAGGGAGGUAAGGAAUGCUUUCCGUGGUUGUCGAGCAAAUAAUUCUCAUUUUAACUGUAUAAUAGUGAGGUUAAUAAUGACACCUUUAAAGGAUACCUUUAACAUGGAUUUAUCUAAGUACAGAAUUUCAGAUCACAUAUGUUGACAUGAAUUUUCACAAAAUAUAAAUAACAAAUAACAUGAAUAAACUUGAGAAAUAAAACACUUAGUUGAUAUUCCCCUAUUAUUCAAAAUAUAGGGAGCAACAUAAAAUGCAAUAAUAUUGUGUAUUCGAGAUCUGUGUCUUUCAGUGCUAUUCAGUAUCCAACCUUGAAUAGAAAAGAUACUGACAUAGCAUAAUUCCAAAUAAAAUUUAGUUUUAUUUCCCAUAAAAAAAACCCAUAUGAAGAGCUCUUACAAAAUGAUGCGGUGAAACUUAUUUCUAAGUAGCACUAUAAAAGCAUGUAUAGUACAGAGUAUAAGCCAAGAUGGUUAUGGUUACCGCUCCGUAGAUGUGGAUUAGUUGACCGAUCUUGUGCACUCAGACCGAUCCUCUUGCUGGAACGCUGGCUGACAGGUACUGCUGUACUCUCCUUUGCAGAUUUAAAAAUCCCGCCAAGACACGAUCUACGCGUUUCGCCCGUUUGGGGGAUUAGGGUUACAUAUAUACAUCAUUUAAUUAUAAUUUUCCAGUGUGUUACAUUUUCAUAUUUGUUGUUACAUUUAUACAUAGAAUUAUAUAUUACAUAUAUUUGUAUUGAAGUUUGCAUACAUACAAUACAUUUGUCGUUUUGCAAUUCUGACUGUUGGAAAAAUGGCUAUCCAGAUAGAAUAUGCUUCACAAAUCUAUAUUUUUUACAAAGCCUUAGUUUUAAGUUCUAAUUGGCACAAAGAUCAAUGGCUUCAUAAAGAUAGUGAGAUCUAUAGAUUAAAAGGUCCUCAUUCUUACGGAACUCUUUUUUUCGGUCUUUAAGGUUCAGGAAAGUGGCUUUUACAUUAUUUUACAUAAUAUACUAUUUCAUCCACAAUUUCCUAAUUUUUCGUUUUAGCAAAUUUCAUAACCGGUUUCAAACCAUGAUACAUAUUCAUCAUAUUCAUACAUUCAUACAAGUACUGCAAAUAAUAAAAUAAAUAUUUAACCGGUAAAAUAAAAUGUUUUUUUUAACAAAACCUUAACAUAUACAUAAUGCUGUGUCCUACACAUAAGAAUAAAAAAUAAUGAAUACAAAUUGACAUAUAAGUGUUGUGUAUGGGUCAUUCCUAGAUUACCAUCUUUCCAAGAAAAGGGAUGGCAAAUUAUAUUAGACCAAACUCAAUUCUCAUUCUUUGGUUUCUCCUUGGAGUGAUAGUAUAUUUUAAACCCACUUAGCAAUCAAAUUAUCAUCUUCAUUUUAAGAUGCAACUACAACUUGUUCUUCGAUUAGUGAAGAAAUACUAUACAGUUGCAAGAAAAAGUAUGUGAACCCUUUGGAAUGAUAUGGAUUUCUGCACAAAUUGGUCAUAAAAUGUGAUCUGAUCAUCAUCUAAGUCACAACAAUAGACAAUCACAGUCUGCUUAAACUAAUAACACACAAAGAAUGAAAUGUUGCCAUGUUUUUAUUGAAUACACCAUGUAAACAUUCACAGGGCAGGUGGAAAAAGUAUGUGAACCCCUAGACUAUUGACAUCUCCAAGAGCUAAUUGGAGUGAGAUGUCAGCCAACUGGAGUCCAAUCAAUGAGAUGAGAUUGGAGGUGUUGGUUACAGCUGCCCUGCCCUAUAAAAAACACACACCAGUUCUGGGUUUGCUUUUCACAAGAAGCAUUGCCUGAUGUGAAUGAUGCCUCGCACAAAAGAGCUCUCAGAAGACCUACGAUUAAGCAUUGUUGACUUGCAUAAAGUAUCUCCAAAAGCCUUACUGUUCAUUAGUCCACGGUAAGACCAAUUGUCUAUAAAUGGAGAAAGUUCAGCACUGCUGCUACUCUCCCUAGGAUGACUGCAAGAGCACAGCGCAGACUGCUCAAUGAGGUGAAGAAGAAUCCUAGAGUGUCAGCUAAAGACUUACAAAAGUCACUGGCAAAUGCUAACAUCCCUGUUAGCGAAUCUACAAUACAUAAAACACUAAACAAGAAUGGAUUUCAUGGGAGGAUACCACAGAGGAAGCCACUGCUGUCCAAACAAAACAUUGCUGCAUGUUUACAGUUUGCACAAGAGCACCUGGAUGUUCCACAGCAGUACUGGCAAAAUAUUCUGUGGACAGAUGAAACCAAAGUUGAGUUGUUUGGAAGAAACACACAACACUAUGUGUGGCGAAAAAAAGGCACAGCACACCAACAUCAAAAUCUCAUCCCAACUGUGAAGUAUGGUGGUGGGGGCUUCAUGGUGUGGGGCUGCUUUGCUGUGUCAGGGCCUGGACGUAUUGCUAUCAUCGAAGGGAAAAUGAAUUACCAAGUUUAUCAAGACAUUUUGCAGGAGAACUUAAGGCCAUCUGUCUACCAGCUGAAGCUCAACAGAAGAUGGGUGUUGCAACAGGACAAUGACCCAAAGCAUAGAAGUAAAUCAACAACAGAAUGGCUUAAACAGAAGAAAAUAUGCCUUCUGAAGUGGCCCAGUCAGAGUCCUGACCUCAACCCGAUUGAGAUGCUGUGGCAUGACCUCAAGAAAGUGAUUCACACCAGACAUCCCAAGAAUAUUGCUGAACUGAAACAGUUCUGUAAAGAGGAAUGGUCAAGAAUUACUCCUGACCGUUGUGCACGUCUGAUCUGCAACUACAGGAAACGUUUGGUUGAAGUUAUUGCUGCCAAAGGAGGUUCAACCAGUUAUUAAAUCCAAGGGUUCACAUACUUUUUCCACCUCCACUGUGAAUGUUUAUAUGGUGUGUUCAAUAAAAACAUGGCAACAUUUCAUUCUUUGCGUGUUAUUAGUUUAAGCAGACUGUGAUUGUCUUUUGUUGUGACUUAGAUGAUGAUCAGAUCACAUUUUAUGACCAAUUUGUGCAGAAAUCCAUAUCAUUCCAAAGGGUUCACAUACUUUUUCUUGCAACUGUAUAUAUAUACAUGAAACAAGAAGGGGUUGGCUGCACUCACCUGAACAUGCAUAAAUGGGGGUGCUGCUGGGGGCCAAAUAAUACAAUACACAAGAUCCAGCGCACUCACCUAUCCACUAAACAGCAACGUCAAUGUUGAAAAAUUGUAUUUGUUUUUUUAAAAACACCUAAUCUAGGCAAAAAAUAAUGGGGGUUUAGUUACAUUAUAUGAUCAUACAUUGCAUAAGCCUGCCACAACGUCAAUGUACCCCAUCUUUGGCAGGUCCUACACUAACAGCCUAAUGUCUGCUCUUAUGAGAUAAACCCACUUACUUGGGGAAAAAAAUUCCAUCUGGGGCUCUCUGCAGUACAAGGCUAAAUAGGGCCCUGGGAUGAGGCACCUGUGACAGGGAGGGGUGCAAAACCAAGGAGUUGGCUUGACUCCCAAAUAUAUAUAUAUGAAACAAGAGCGGGUUGGCUGCACUCACCUGAACAUGCAUAAAUGGGGGUGCUGCUGGGGGCCAAAUAAUACAGUAUACAAGAUGCAGCGCACUCACCUUAUCCACUAAACAGCAACUUCAAUGUUGAAAAUUUGUAUUAGUUUUUUUAAAAACACCUAAUCUAGGCAAACAUAAUGGGGGUUUAGUUACAUUAUAUGAUCAUACAUUGCAUAAGCCUGCCACAACGUCAAUGUACCCCUUCUUUGGCAGGUCCUACACUAACAGCCUAAUGUCUGCUCUUAUGAGAUUAACCCACUUACUUGGGGAAAAAAAUUCCAUCUGGGGCUCUCUGCAGUACAAGGCUAAAUAGGGCCAUGGGAUGAGGCACCUGUGACAUAUAUAUAUAUAUAUAUAUAUAUAUAUGUCAGUAUCUUUUCUAUUCAAGGUUGGAUACUAAAUUGCAUUGAAGGACACAAAUCUCGAUUACAGAUUAUUGUGCUACAGUUAUAAACUCCUGAUAUUAUCUGGACAUACCCUCAUAAAGACUGAUAUUGGAACUCUUCGACCACAAUAUUAUUGCAUUUUAUGUUUCUCUCUAUAUUUUGAAUAUUAAUCACUUCUCAUUUGUGAAUAAAACACACAUUUAGCGACUGUCCCCUAGCCAUAUAGCAUUUUUUUCCCCCCAUCAAUCAUCUCUUUUUUUGGCAUCAUGGGCAGAAUCUGGAGUUUGCAGUAAAAACAAAUGUGCUGUGCCAUUCCGUGUUUCAUUUGGUUGGUAAUUUGGGUACAUUUCGUCUCAUAGAUUUAGAACUCAACCGAUUGGUCAAAAUGUUACAGACAGAAUCCAGAGUUACAAAUAAAAACAAACUUACUUGGCCAUUCAUUUGGUUUGUGAUUUGGGUACAUUUCAUCUCUUAGUUCAGGAACUCAACAAAUCAACAAAUCAACCAAAAUUCAGAUCAAUUACAGUUUGGAUCGAAACGAAUCUCCAAGUCUAAAAGUAACAUGGAAUACAUGCAUUUGUUUUUUCUUCUGUAAAAUUAUCAGAUUUAUUGUACAUAAAAAACAUAGUUUUUUACCCUAUGUAAAAUUAAUCUUUUACUAAUUAGUGAAUUAUAAAUAUAUUAUUCGUCUGCCAUACUAAAUCUUCUGUAUACAUAUUAUACUUAAUUAAUACUUUUGUUUAAAUAAUUGAUUUCACUAACAUGAAACAGGCAGUGUAGACUGGAAACAAAAUACAAAAUACAAACACAAACAAACAGUUGUGCUUUCCAAAACUGUUCAUUAUUCUGGAAUUAGCCCGUUUACACCUAUUUGACAAAAAAACCUGAGAUCACACCUUUAAUAAUUAGUUUUUAUAAUAAUGCAUGUCACACUUAACACCAUACAUUUCUCAUAUUUUUACAAUUAGAGUUUUAGGUGCCUUCUGAGAAUAUUUUUUAAUUUAGUUUUUAUCCAUCUACCCUUGACUUCCCAUUUACCCUUGACAAAUCCAACAAUAUAAGUGUCCUUAUUUUUUAGAACAGUUAAUUUUAGAUGAUAUAUUGUCUUUUGGUUACUUUUGCCUCCUCUCUAUACAAUGUCAGCAAUUACACCUGAAAUAAAGAGUGGUGUUAGUGCCUGCAAAUCUUGCACCCAGGCAUAUUAACAUGUUGGUCCCUGGUAUAUCUCAUAAUCUGACCUAAAAAUACUUCAACUGCUAUCAUCCCCGCCAAUCUACUGAGACUAGAUUCUCCAAGUUAUUCGAACCAUUGAAACAAGUUAUAUGUAAAAAAUACUGCUCAUUAAUAUUUGUUAUGAAACUCCCUGCCACCACUAACUGCAUAUUUCGCCAAUCACUUCUUUGGUUGAUCAGGUCUAUUUGGCCUAUAAGGUAUAUUAUUUGCUAGGGUCAUAUACCUAUUCUUUCAUUCCUUCUACACUUAUUUACAUAUGUAUUAUAUUAAAAUAUGAAAUAUGAAAAAAGUAAGAUUUUCAUAAGACAUCUUGUGUUAUAUCUUACAAAAUGUAAGGCAUCUUGUAAUAUAUUACUUUUCAACCAUUCGCUGUUCAUGUAAUCAAUUUUUUGCCAAUAGAUGUAAUAAAUGUAAUUUUUUUCAAACGUGUGUGUAGUUAUAUAUAUAUUGUAUUUUGCCUUCACAGCUGGAGAAGAACAAAGUGAUUCGGCGGAGUGAAAUAAAUAUCGACAUGGUAACCCUGUAUCUGGAUGAGGUCAGAGAAAUCUAUAGAAGUUCUAUAUAUAGAGAGCAAAAUUUUUUUUAGAGUUGUUGAUUUCCUCAAAAAACAUACAAAUAGUGAAUUAAGCUGUUUUUUUUUACUUAUUUAUUUUUAACUAUCUAAUAUGACUCUGAAACAUUACAAAGAGAUUAUUACAAAGGGACCUGUACUCAUGUUCAUACUUAUGGUGCUGAUGCCCCAGUUAUGCUCCAAAAUAUGUCCUUAAAUAUAAAUAACACAUAGAACGAAAAAGCAAAGCACUUCAAAAAGUGUUUUCUAAAUUGUAUUAGGAACGACCUAUUAGUGCAUACUCAGUGGUGAAAUACCCAGAAAAGCUGAUGCAACAUUGUGAUAAAUAAUAUACUAACUAGUGAAAAAUAAAAAUAACAAUCCGUUACAACCCAUGAAGUUGUGAGUUAUGCCCUCCAACAAAGAAACAUGUAUUGCAAAAACAGUUGUACAAGAUCAAUGUCCUGCAUUACCAAAUGUAGCGGAUAGCCCCAGGCGACCCUACAAAUAUACUGUUUUACCUGCAUUCGUGUAUCUGCUGUGUUUUCUAUGUAUUAAAGUGAAUUGUAUUCCUCUGAUUGUUCGGUAGUUUCAUUCCCUUAGUUUAUUCGAAUGAAACUACCGAACAACCAGACCUCCCCUGUGUGAAGUGUGUCCUCAAUUACCUGUUGCAACAUUGUUGCGAACGGGUAAUUGAACAGUAAGUAGCCAUUUUAAAACUCCCGAACAGCGGUGUUUUGCCGUCGAGUGUCUGAACUAAAAUCGGACACUCGAGUAGGCGAACACCUCUGAAACCUCCACAGCCCUGGUCCGUUCGGUUCCAAACUACCGAACGGCCCCUCGUUCGGUAGAUAGAAAAUACCGAACGAGGGGAUUCAGGUGAACCCUCCCUAGCCUCUAUAGCUAGAGGUUUUCGUGUAUUUUAUUCCCUUAUGCCAGGACCGACUGCAGGGCCCAUUCACAUGGAACCGGAUUCGGCUAUCUCAGUUAGUGCGGUCGGUCAUUUUAUUCCCUCCAUACAUUUCCCGAACCCCUGGUCUGAUCUGGGUGAUUUUUGGAUAUGUUGUUCACCCAGAUCAGGGGUAUCCGGGGAUGUAGGAUUUAAAGUGGUACCCCUACGUUUAGGGGUACAUCCAGAAACGGGGGGAAUUGGUGUGCUGGAUAAGGGGAUUAUGAUGCUGGCUGAGGGGAGGAGAUGUGUGGGAGGUUACCAGGACAGGAUUGGCUACUGUAAUAAUUACUGUAAAUCCCUCCCUUGCAUGGGAGCAUGCUUUAUAAGGAAACUGCGAUUAAAGGCUUUCAGUUAUGCUCCUGAAACUGUGUGUCGUCCAGUUAUUGGGAUUGCUGUUGGGAUAUUGCUGUAUUUUACCUGCUGGAAGCCUUGCCUGUGGAUUUACUAUUUACUUGUUCCUGAGUCCCACUUGGAUUAUAAGCGGAGAUAACCUGGGUAAUAUUGCAUCUCCGCUACAUUGGUUGGCAGCGCUGGGAUCCAGACUCACAGAGGAACAAGCCUAAAUGGAGUACGGAUGGAGAUUAAUUUUGCCACACUAAAACGCUCCACGCUAAAAGACCUUCUGGAGGCAAGCCAGCAAUAAGACAAAAGCGGUACUCAUUACUGAACUGAUGGCGGAGUACCGAAUGGACGGCGAUUCGGUUCCCGAACAGGGGAAUUCGGGAGAAACACCGGAACAAAGGGAGUUCCAGAGGCAGGUACAAUUUCGGCUGUCUUUCUAUGGGGAACACCCUCCAACAGAGAUUGUUUCAAAAACAAUGACGGAGGUCCAGGAAUUUAUACUAAGGAGUCAAACAGCGGCCCCAGAACGCAGCUCUGCAGUAAAUAUGCCACAAGAAGGUAAGCCUAAAAUACCAUACCAGGCUUUUAAAACAUAUGUGGAGGCAGAGGAAGAUAUAGACGCUUUCCUGCAAGAUUUUGAGAGACUGUGUGCACUGCAUAGAAUCAGCGCAGAGGACUGGGUACAUAUUUUGGCAGGGAGGUUAACUGGGAGGGCAGCUGAGGCAUACCGUACUGUGCCUAAUGAAGAAAUACGGAAUUACCACAAAGUGAAAGAAAUUAUAUUGGCCAGGUAUGCUAUAACACCAGAAGCAUACCGGCGGAGAUUCAGGGAUUUAAAGAAGGUGGAGAAAGACUCACACGCAGAGUGGGCAUGCAGACUACAACGAGCAGUCUUGGGGUGGGUGCAAGCGAGCAAGGCACGGUCUAUGGAGGAUGUAUUGCAAAUGGUACUGCUGGAGCAAUUUUAUGAAGGAGUAACCAGCUAGGUACAGGAGUGGGUAAGAGACAGAAACCCUACCUCCCUUACCGAAGCAGCCAGGAAGGCAGACGAGUACCUGGAUGCACGCAGGCAGCAGAAACCUGCAGCUCCAAAAGUACCUUUUAAAACCUUCGGGGGGGAACAACUACACGCCAGCUCUACCAAGACCACUGCCACCACCCCCACCGCCCGCUGCACAGCCACGUUUCCGCUAGCCCACGUCGGGCCCUUGCCACCACUGCCAAAAAUGGGAACAUUAUAAAAGGGAAUGCCCCCAGCUGCGGGACCGCUCCACCUGGAUUCGCCCCGGCCCACCACCACCACCGAGAGCAGCCGCAGCCCACCACUACCAGGACAUCGUGGCCACACCGUAUGGUUCAGCAGUUCCCAUCACAAUGGUAGAACAGUGGGAGGUACUGCACGAGGCAGAUCCCAUCCAGGCUAAUGCUGACAACCGCCAGCAUCACAGGCAGACCGUGUAUCUGGAGGGUAAAGCGGUUCAGGGGCUACGUGACUCAGGAGCCACCAUCACCCUGGUAAAAAGUCACCUGGUCUCAGACCAAGCUAAACUAAAUAAGACUGUGGCCAUCAGGGUAGCCGGGGGAGCAGUAUACCGGCUACCUACAGCAAGGGUACAUUUGCAUUGGGGAGCGGGGGCAGGGCAUGUGGAGGUGGGGUUGAUGCCGCAGUUACCGGCGGAGGUUUUAUUGGGGAACGAUCUGGGGAGGCUCACAUCUGCUUUUGAGCCCCAGACACCCACCACAGGAGAAGCUCACCCUGUGGUUACUCGACAACAGGCCCGCACCCAGGACUACAACACACUCCCGGAGGUUCAGGUAAGAGAUCCUUCCCCUUCCCUUGACUGUGUUCCCUGGGCCCCUCCUAACGAAUUUGCAGCUGAGGUAGUGACUGACCCCACCUUGCAGGUGUAUAGGGACAAGGUGACAGCAGACAUGCCUGGGGGGGGAGGGCGAAAGGUUUAUUUGGGACAAACAGCUGUUAUAUCGGGAGAAGGAUAAGAAGGUAUCCGGGUCAGACCCGAUUGUGAUGAGGCAGUUAGUGGUACCUCAGCGGUACCGGGCGGAGUUACUACGGAUAGCACAUGACAUUCCGCUAUCUGGACAUUUAGGGGUCAGCAGGACCCGAUACAGGUUAACCCAAAGUUUCUUUUGGCCGGGAAUUAGCCACGAGGUGUGCAGGUAUUGCAACACGUGCGAUACCUGUCAAAGGGUGGGGAAAAGGGGGGACCGGCGCAAGGCCAAGUUACAUCCCCUUCCCAUAAUCGAGGAACCCUUUUGCAGGGUAGCAGUUGACCUAAUAGGACCCCUCAACAAAGCGAGCCCGUCAGGUAAAAGAUUUAUCCUGACGGUAGUAGACUAUGCCACUAGAUAUCCAGAGGCGGUGGCCCUGACGAAUAUACAGGCUGAGACAGUAGCAGAAGCCCUGAUGAAGAUAUUCUUCCGGGUGGGACUCCCCAGGGAGAUUGUCUCCGAUCAGGGCACCCAAUUCACCGCCGACGUCACGCAGCGCCUCUGGAAGUUUUGUGACAUUAAGCCGGUCAUUAGUUCCCCUUACCACCCCCAGACGAAUGGGCUCUGCGAACGUUUCAACGGUACAUUGAAACAAGUCGGCCUUUGUCACCCCAUCCCUAAGUCGGCCUUUGUCACCCCAUUCGGUUUGUACCAAUUUAAGGUCAUGCCGUUUGGGAUGAAAAACGCCCCGGCUACUUUUCAGCGGAUGGUGGACCGCCUCCUGGAUGGGUUCCAAGAUUAUACCUGCGCAUAUCUCGAUGAAUUGCCAUUUUCAGCAAUACCUGGCAGGAACACCUGACCCAUAUAGGAGCGGUCCUAGACAGGAUUAGGGCCGCUGGUUUAACACUGAAACCAGCCAAAUGCAGCAGAGACCCACAAGGACUGGGAGAAGUUCCUGCCCCACCUCCUCUUUGCUUAUAGGGAGGUGCCGCAGGAAUCCACUGGGUUUUCCCCAUUUGAACUAUUGUUUGGCCGCAGGGUACGAGGGCCUCUAUAUUUAAUCAGAGAGCAUUGGGAGGGAGAACGGAGCACUGACGGUACCCCCAUCAUACCAUACGUGUUGGCAUUCCGAGACCGCCUUGAGGCCUUAACUCAGACGGUACGCGAGAAUUUGCAGGCGGCUCAGACACGCCAGCGCACAUGGUAUGAUCGGGGCGCCAGGGACCGUAGCUUUCAGGUCGGGCAGAAGGUGUUGAUCUUAAAACCUGUCCGACACGAUAAGCUGCAGGCCGCCUGGCAGGGCCCUUAUAAGGUGGUAGAACAACGGUGUGACACCACUUAUAUAAUCAGCUCGUGCGUUGGUACUGGGGGGCGACGCAUGCUCCAUGUGAACAUGAUGAAGCCCUACCAGGAGCGCUCUGAGGAAGUGAUCGCUAUAUGUGCGCCUUACUCCGAGUAGUUUGACAGUUUGCCUCUCCCGGAUCUGCUGGGAGAGGGUCAGUUAUCCGGAGACUUAGGGGAAGUCACCCUGGGGGAUCGGUUGAGCCCACAGGAGCGGAGCGAGGUACAACAGCUGUUGAGGGAGAAGCAGGAUAUCUUCUCUAAUGUACCUGGUUACACUCCUCUGGCCACUCACAGAGUAGACACCCCAGGGCAGCUUCCCAUGCGUCAGACCCCGUACUGCAUCCCAGAAGCGGUACGGGCGAACAUGCGCAAGGAGAUCGAUGAGAUGCUCCAGCUGGGGGUGAUUGAGCCCUCCGACAGCCCCUGGGCAUCUCCGGUAGUACUAGUACCAAAGCGGGACGGCACGACCCGGUUUUGUGUAGACUACCGGAGAUUGAAUGAGAAGACGGUAUCUGACGCCUACCCCAUGCCCAGGAUAGACGAACUCCUGGAUCGGAUGGCGAGGGGGCACUAUCUCACCACGAUUGACUUGUGUAAAGGGUAUUGGCAAAUACCCUUGGCGCAAGACGCCAUCCCUAAGUCGGCCUUUGUCACCCCAUUCGGUUUGUACCAAUUUAAGGUCAUGCCGUUUGGGAUGAAAAACGCCCCGGCUACUUUUCAGCGGAUGGUGGACCGCCUCCUGGAUGGGUUCCAAGAUUAUACCUGCGCAUACCUCGAUGAUAUUGCCAUUUUCAGCAAUACCUGGCAGGAACACCUGACCCAUAUAGGAGCGGUCCUAGACAGGAUUAGGGCCGCUGGUUUAACACUGAAACCAGCCAAAUGCAGCAUAGGCAUGGCUGAAGUACAAUACCUAGGUCAUCGAGUAGGAUGCGGCAAGCAAAAGCCGGAACCAGCCAAAGUAGAGGCUGUAGCCCAAUGGCCUACCCCUAGGACUAAGACUCAGGUGUUAGCGUUCCUAGGAACGGCUGGAUACUACCGGAAAUUUGUCCCGAAUUACAGUGCCCUGGCCAAACCUCUCACCGACUUGACCCGUAAAAACCUACCCCGCCAAGUAACCUGGACCCCGGAGUGUGAACAGGCAUUUCAGUUGUUGAAAGAUGCAUUGACAAAUGCCCCUGUCUUGGCAGCUCCCAAUCCAACUAAACGUUUUCUUGUCCACACAGACGCUUCUAUGUUUGGAUUGGGAGCAGUACCAAGUCGGGGCCGAUGGCGGAGAACAUCCCGUGGCUUACAUCAGCCGGAAACUGUUACCUCGAGAAGUAAGCUACGCCGCCAUCGAGAAAGAAUGCCUGGCUGUGGUGUGGGCCCUGAAGAAAUUACAGCCAUAUUUGUACGGACAAGCUUUUUCCCUGCUCACGGAUCACAACCCGUUAGUAUGGCUAAACCGGGUGGCUGGGGACAAUGCCCGGCUGCUGCGCUGGAGUCUGGCGCUGCAGCCCUUUGACUUUAAUAUCCAGUACCGCCCGGGUAAACAGAAUGGAAAUGCUGACGGGUUGUCUCGACAAACUGACCUAGAGAAAUGAUCCGUGAGCCUCCCCGGACAUCCCCAAGCCGAUCCGUGUUGGAUCAGACUGUGUAUGCCGGCUUGUGGGCAAGGGGGAGCAGUGUAGCGGAUGGCACCAGGCGACCCUACAAAUAUACUGUUUACCUGCAUUCGUGUAUCUGCUGUGUUUUCUAUGUAUUAAAGUGAAUUGUAUUCCUCUGAUUGUUCGGUAGUUUCAUUCCCUUAGUUUAUUCGAAUGAAACUACCGAACAACCAGACCUCCCCUGUGUGAAGUGUGUCCUCAAUUACCUGUUGCAACAUUGUUGCGAACGGGUAAUUGAACAGUAAGUAGCCAUUUUAAAACUCCCGAACAGCGGUGUUUUGCCGUCGAGUGUCUGAACUAAAAUCGGACACUCGAGUAGGCGAACACCUCUGAAACCUCCACAGCCCUGGUCCGUUCGGUUCCAAACUACCGAACGGCCCCUCGUUCGGUAGAUAGAAAAUACCGAACGAGGGGAUUCAGGUGAACCCUCCCUAGCCUCUAUAGCUAGAGGUUUUCGUGUAUUUUAUUCCCUUAUGCCAGGACCGACUGCAGGGCCCAUUCACAUGGAACCGGAUUCGGCUAUCUCAGUUAGUGCGGUCGGUCAUUUUAUUCCCUCCAUACAUUUCCCGAACCCCUGGUCUGAUCUGGGUGAUUUUUGGAUAUGUUGUUCACCCAGAUCAGGGGUAUCCGGGGAUGUAGGAUUUAAAGUGGUACCCCUACGUUUAGGGGUACAUCCAGAAACGGGGGGAAUUGGUGUGCUGGAUAAGGGGAUUAUGAUGCUGGCUGAGGGGAGGAGAUGUGUGAGAGGUUACCAGGACAGGAUUGGCUACUGUAAUAAUUACGGUAGAUCCCUCCCUUGCAUGGGAGCAUGCUUUAUAAGGAGACUGUGAUUAAAGGCUUUCAGUUAUGCUCCUGAAACUGUGUGUCGUCCAGUUAUUGGGAUUGCUGUUGGGAUAUUGCUGUAUUUUACCUGCUGGAAGCCUUGCCUGUGGAUUUACUAUUUACUUGUUCCUGAGUCCCACUUGGAUUAUAAGCGGAGAUAACCUGGGUAAUAUUGCAUCUCCGCUACACCAAAUACACUUAAAAAGACUAUACUGUUUGGUAUCUAUACAUUGCUUAAUUAAUAUUAUUUACAUGUGUGUCCAAAUGUAACAGAAUCACAAUUAUAGCCACACUGAACGAGGCCUCAGAUAUGUAAGAAACCAACAAUACUGGGCCAAAAAAAUACACAAAACAAAAAGCCACAAAUGCAUUUGUGUUUUGUGUAUUUUUUUUGUAUUAGGCCCACUAUUGCGGCAUUCUUUAUAAACUGGAAAUCUUUUUUUUUUUGCUUGACCAACAUUUUUUCUGUCUCAGUUUGGGUAGGAGACACACAUGGUGUCAAAUGUGUUUCUAAUUCAUGAAGCAGUAUGUGGAUACCAAACAUUAUAUCAUCUAGUGUAUUUGUAUUUCUGUUUUUUAAAAUAUGUAUCUCCGUCAUGUUGUGUUUUUGUUUUUACUUUAUUUUUGACAGCUUUGUAUAUUAUUGAUGAUAACAAUGUUGGGUCACUUUUUUUCUGGGGAUAUCACUAGUAAAUAUGCAUUAAUGGUGUAUUACUAUAAAAUUUAGUCUGCAAUAUUUGGAGUGCUUUGCCAUUCUACAUGUUAAGAUAAAGUAUACAUUAUCAUUUCUUAAAUGUUUACUUCUUUCAUAUCAUUGUAAUAUAUAUAUAUAUAUAUAAAAUGGUAAUGUUCGUAGCAUAAACAUUGUAUUUAUCCCUGCCCAUUCAUUUAUAAAUACAAUUGCAUACAUAGGUAAUAUUUUUUUAAUUAAAUUAAUUAUUUAAUGGAACAUGUGCACUUACUUUUGCUUUUAUUAAAUUCUUUACUCUAUUAGCUGCAGUCAGUUGUCACUUAAAUCAAGUCAUUCCUAAGGACACAUCCAGUAAUCUGUUAAUAUUCCCCCUUACCUCUCCUAUACUCUCUGCAGCUGGGACCUACACCCAUUCAACUCUCAUUCACAGUGGAGCAGGAUAUUGAAGUAAAAAAUCUGAAGCCAGCGACAGUAAAAGUAUAUGAUUAUUACGAGAUUGGUAAGAGAUCUGAUAAGGACAAAUAUAUAGAUUCUGAAAUUAUAAAGAUAACUAAAUUAACAAAAAGGUGGCAAAUAACCAUAAUAAAUCAUAUAAAAAUAAGUUAUCUUUAUUUUUUUAAAUAUUAAAAAAAAGACGUGGAUACUGUCUAAUGUGCAAUGUUAUUCUGGGGUGACCAUAUCAAAGCUUUAUUUUUCCUGCAAAAAAGUACUCUCUGUGUGAGGAAUGUGCUUUAAAUGCCAAAUGAAUAGGUCCUCUCAAUAGACAUUCAAUAGGUUUAAUCUUGCACUAAGUUUUGCAUUAAUAAAAUAAAAUCCUUAAGCAGAGUGAACACCAAUAAUACCAAUCAAAAGGUGGAAUAAACCACACAUUCGAUGGUUUGGCCGAGUGAAUAUACUUAAAAUGAACGCACUGCCUAGAAUACAAUAUCUCCUGAGUACACUCACGAUCGCAAUCCCGCGAACCUUUUUUAAGAAAAUACAGACAUUAUUUACUCAAUUCAUUUGGGCAAAAAAACGCCCAAGGAUACACUACCACAUUCUCACUAGACCCAAAGGAAGAGGGUGGAUAUGCCUGCCAGAAAUCUGGCUAUACUACCAAGCAAUACAUCUUAACUGCAUCAUAGAUUGGUCAUACCAGACGACUUCUAAACUGUGGAUUCCAAUAGAACAAGCCCCGAUAGGGGAAUCAUUAAAAAUAAUACCAUGAAUGCUGACAUCACCUAGUGACUGGACAGUCCCUAACCACCUGACAGUGACCCCAACAAUAUAUUCUUGGAAAAAAGAUCCUUAACAUGCCAACCAUAUCCCCAACCACAUCACCACUCUAUCCAAUAACUAAUAACCCCAAUUUUAUAGCAGGGAAACAGGGCCUAAAGCUGAAAAUACCAAAUGGUAGCGACCAAAUAGAACAUAUUACCUUAUCUGAAGUGGUAGUAGAGAAGGGAAUAAUACCAGUGACCCAAAUGACAGAGGGGAAGAUACCUUCACUUAUGCAGAGAUUUCAAUAUGAACAAUUAAAACACUUUCUGAGAGCUCAGGGUAUAAUAAAUUGGACCCCCAGGGAAAUGACUACAUUUGAAUAACUCUGUACGAGACACAAAGCACCACAAAAACCAACCUCUCUGUGUUAUAAACUCUUACAAACAAAGCCCACAUACAUCUACCGUAUUUUACUAAAAUUUGGAAGGAACAUAUGGUAGUGAAACUAGUGGAAGAAGACUGGACUGCAAUAUUUAAAACCAUUUUUUACACACCUUCCAGUAUCCCAUUACAAGAAAUUAAUUACAAAUUUGUUUCAAAAUGGUAUACCAUGCCAGUCAAUGUUAACAGAUUUGACCAACUGCACCCACUGAGUGUUGGAGAUGCACCUCAGAGAAAGGAACAUUUCAGCAUAUAGGGUGGACUUGCGAUUUAGUCUCAGGCUUUUGGAGGGAAGUGUGGAACACAGUAAAUUUAGUAAUGAACCUAAAUAUCCCCUUCACUCCGGAAGCCCUUUUAUUGUUUCAUUUUAAUAUUUCCAAUCAAAAAUUCAAACACUCUCUCACAUAUUUUAUGCUGACAGCAGCUAAAUGUUGUAUUGUAUAUAAUUGGAGGUCACCAAUGCUACCCUCCAAGAAAGAAUGGUACUUGAAAAUUGAAUAUUUCCACGCUCUGGAAGAACUAAGAUGGGGAUCACUUGACAAAUACCACAGAUACUUAGAAAUAUGGCAACCCUGGAAACAAUUUUUAAGGGGCACACCAUUAAUUAGCACAAGGUCGGAAUUGCAAGAAUAGAGGGAAGCUAGGAGAAACAUGGGGAAUAAUGUGGGCAAAAAAAGGUAAUGAACUAAGUUUAUAUAUAAUGUUCAUUGUCUAUCUUGCAAUUGCAAUCACAAGAGAACCAAGACUUGGGAACCUAACUCCAUGAGGGAUAAUCUUCUCAAAUAAAUCAUGAAACAACAUUAGUACAACAGGAGUGAGAACUUCCACCAUACACAUCCAACUCGAUAGAAUCAGGAUAUGAGUCCGAGACUGAUUGUCAUUGUUGACUUAGGCAUAUCUAGAAAUUGUUAAAUGUUAGAACAUGUGAAGUUGUUUAAUCUACACAGAAAUAAUUGAUAUUAUGCUGUUGACCUCUUGUUUCUUAUGUUCUGUAAAUGUCCUUUUACUACUCUUGUUUUAUAUUAUGACAUCUAUGAACCACAUAAAAAGGAAUAAAAAUAAAAUAUACAAAAAAUAAUAAUAAUAAUAAUACCAAUCACUAAAUAAAUACCAUGGAAAUGGUCAUUGUUCCACAGCCAAUACACCAAUAUCUAAUGAGUAAAGACUACAUGACCAGAACAAACCAAUAAUUAAAAGAUGUCAUUAAAUAUUGAUCUCUAUUCAAUAAUUAGUGCUUAAGUGAUUCAAACAAGAUAGUUAAACGGACACCAUAGCUUAAUGUAUUGGUAUUUGGGCAUACAGCUCUCCUUGCUGGGUCAGCAGUGUAAAUGGAGAUGCUGGAGCUCCUCAUUGAGAUGUAUCGAUUCAAAAAAAAUCUCUAUGAGGAGAGGCUGAGUGGCACAGCAAGGCAUUGGCAUUUUUUCCAUGCAUUGGCAUUGGAUUGACUGAGAUCAUUAAGACUGAUAAUUACAGCCAAGGAAGUGGAACAGCAGCAUUAAGACUGGCACAAGGAGGGCUAAAAGGUGUUUAUUUUUUUUCCUGCACAUUGGGUAAAAGAAAUAAUUAGCAGAACACUAUAUAAGAACACUAUAUAACAACACUGUAUAAGUAUUUUUUUUUUUUUAAACUCUCUGAUAAUUAAUUCUAUAAUAUAAUAAUAUGUUUCUUUUGUUUUUUUUCUGCAAAGGGGAAUAUGCCAUUUCAGAAUAUAACUCUCCCUGCAACUCUGGUAAGAUCAUUGCAUUGUAACUUAUUGUUUGCAUUCUGCUCCUUACCCAAACUAACAAGCUGUGUUACUUCACUGCAAUCCUUCAUCAACAUUAAUUCACACAGACACACACACACACAAAUAAACAUGACAUGCUACACUAGUGUACCCACAUACCUACAUUAAUGUAUAAUUAUGUUCUUAACAAAUAAACACCAGUCACACACAGAAACCCAAUCAAAGACUGUAAGAACCAUUCUAAGGGCCACUGGCUGUCACUCUGGGAGAUUCACUUUGUUUGUGUGUUUUGGGUGGGAGAUGAGAAUUUUAUUUUUUUACUUUAAAGAGAAAUACAUUUGAUGAAAGCUCUGAGAGAAAUAGCAACUACAGACUAUUGUAUUCAUAAUGUGGAAUUUAUACUUUAAUAUUAUCAAUGUUAAUUUCAUCCCGCUGGGGUGGAGGUGAUUGUCUAAGAGCUGUGGGUGGAUUGGAUGUAGAUGUGUAAAUUAUACGUCAGUGAUGUGGAUGAGAGUUACAGGAUGAGGCAUGGCGUCUCUCAAAUUGUUCUUAAGCAGAAAAUAUCAAACAAAAAUUGAAGUGUAUUUCUCACUUGUUUUCCAGAAUGUAUUUUGAACCUUGUUUAAAAGUUAUUGUUUUAAAUGCACUAAAGGCUUGAAAAAGAUAAGAUUUUUCUUUCAUCUUGCUGAAUCAGUAAAUCAUUGGGUCUUAACUGCUAGACAUAAUAACUGAAGGCGAUCUGUACCCUCCAAUAAAAUAUCUCAGGGAUCCCUUACCUGCUAUUUACAACCAUGCCUACCCUGUGAUAUUGUUUUAAUAAUGUUUUCAAUAGAAAUAAAAGAAAUACCAUUGCAAUUUAAUUUUUUAUAUCAAAAUUAAGAAAGCAAUCUAACAUUGUCAAAGAAGGAUAAGUAACACAUUAUGAAAUCAGUGACUGCUCAUUGUGAUAAAAGCCUAGUGACUGGACAGUUAUUAGUACGUCCUCCAUGUGCCCCAUGGGCAUUAGCUAGAGGCUAAAUGAAACAAAAUGGAGCCACAAUGGGGCUCUAAUUAAAAUAAUAACACUGUGUCUCUUCAGACUCCACUCAUGGCUGGCUCAUGGGGGAUAUAAUUGUAAUAAAUGGGUUAUCUAUCAUCUUAAGAGAAGCAGGUGGGGGCUCUAUUUUACAAUGUUGGAGAGACAGUGUCCACACCUUCUCCAACCCAUGAGCCCCUUGCCACCUGACACAUUUUUAAAACAAACUUGUUACUUCCCCAGCUGGCAAUCAGUUAACUGGUCCUGUUCAGUCCUGGUAACUUAGCUUAGUCAAGCUAAACUCAAGAGGCAGCAAUUGCCUAGAUCACCUGCCUUGCAAAGACCUCUCAUUGAACUGCAUUUGGAAGUCUGUGAUUGGACAUCCACAGAAAGUCUGUUCUGGGUAAAAAGGGAGCAGCUUGCAAAGGCUUCAGACAGCAGGUCUGACACUUUUGAGAGCUGUUUUAGAUAACAUAAAAAUCAUGAUUGCAUGCAUGCAUGCAUGUUUGGGGCUUGGGUUUAAGUCUGCUAAAGAGUGCUUUUUUGAUUGGCCAGUGAAGGGUAUACAUGAAAAUGUCAGUAUCGAUGUCAUUACAAAGUGCUGUCAUGAGAAUUUCUUAAUAUUGUUAAUACUUGACUUUGUAUGUGUUUAAUUUUUUUAAUAUAUUUUUUUUUAGAUGAAAAGACAAACUAUUAAACAUGAAGACUGGAAAAGCAGAAUAAUAUAAUACGAAGAACAAAGCCAGUGGAUGUUCACUACAUAUUUGUAAUAUCAUUAACUAAAUACAAUUGUCUUCUUCAUGCAUUGUCAUGUGGAUUUAAUUCUAUAAUUUGCAUAUAGUUACAUAAUUGCAUAGCUUCAUAGAAUUAUAUACUUGGAAAAUAUUAAGUCCAUGACUCAUUUUGUUUUCUAAAGUAAACAUGUUUAUGGUUUUUAACCUUUCUUUAGGACUAACAUCUUCCAUUCCCCUAAUACAUUUUGUAGCCCAACUCUGCACUCUCUAUAGUUCCAUAACAUCUUUCUAUAAAACAGUUCCCCUAAUUUGUAAUUGCAACAUGUAUUCAAGGUAUGGCCUUCCUUUUAAUUCCAACAGACUGACAUCUUAUGUGGUGAAAGAAUAUAAAAUAUAAUACGACCUUCAAUAAUAGAGGCAGUCUGAAGUGAUUGAGUUAUAUGCUGCAGUGCUGCCUGGCUAUGUUUAGUGAGCUGUUACUUCCUCUCAGUAGAUUAGAAGAAUUAUGUUAGCUGCAGGAGCUGCUGUGAUUUCUUUGUGAUUAGCAUUAUCCGAUCCUCUGGAGCAUGGCACAGUCAAAGUGGGAAAAGGAUGUGACGUUGACCUUCUGUCUCAAACCCCUCCUCCAGAGUCAGACCUCUACCACAGGGAGCUUUCAAGUCACUGGCAACCUGAUUUGGAGGCUGAUGAUAGGCUGGGAGCUGAGCUGCAGGCUGAACGUGCUGCCUGAGUAGUGUUCAAAGCGGAUAAGGCUAAGCACAAAGAAAUCACAGCAGCUGCUGCAGCUAACAUAAUUCUUCUAAUCUACUAAGCGAAAGUAACAGCUCACUAAACUUAGCCAAGCAGCACUGCAGUAUAUACCUAAAGCAUGUCACACUGCCUCAUUAUUGAAGCUUGCAUUGUAUGUUAUAUUCUUUCACCUCAUAAGGUGUCACUCUGUUGAAACCCUACACUUCGUAUGUUUUAUUUGUAUAUUGGUGUUUAGGGGUACACCAUCUAGAAGGUUUUCUGGUUUGUUUUUAGCAUAUAGUGGAGAUAUUUUGAAUAGAUUAUUAUUAAUUCCCUUUAAUUUAUGAAGAGGCAAGACCAUGUUUUAUGUGUAACAAUACUCUACUGGCCUUAGUAACUGCUACCUGACUGCACAUUCUUACUUAGUCUGUUGUCUAUAUCUGUUAUCACGCAAUAUUGUUUUCCCUGAUUCAGUAUAAUUUGUUCGUACAUUUCUCAGCUCAAAAUACAUUUGUUUAAGAUUACUACAUUAAAUCUCACCUGUCACUUUACUGCUUUGUCCCCUAAUUUUCCAAAUCAAAAGUAUUCUGCCACAGUUUUUUUUUUUGCUCGUCAAGCAUAUUUUGUGCCUGGUUAAUGCAUCGUCUGUAAAAAGUUGGUGGAUUAAAAUAAUAAAUUACUGUUUGGAGCGUCAUGCUUGAUUUUUGUGCCUGCAAAGUACUUUCUAAGAGUGAAAGAUGUUAAAGCAUGUAUUUACAAUAUAUAAAGGUCAUGCCAAAAAACACUACUAGUGAUGUAUAAUACCUAACUUUUUUUCUGGUAGAAAGAUUUUGUAAUAACCAGAGUUCUUUUUUUAUUUUUUUUAGCUAAAUCAAAUACAGCAAUAUGUGCUAGGUAAACACCUCUAUAGAAGCCAUGCAUGCGGAUAUUACAUAUCAUAUAAAGAAGUCUGACCCAGACAAUUACUUGUACUGUUUGGGAAAGUUAUAUGUUCGGAACAAAAUGGCAUAGGAAAUAAAAUUACAUAACUGAAUUAUUAGGCAUUAGGCAAAAUGCCUGAGUAUUGUCAUGUCCUGUUCCAUUCUGCAGAGAUUUCUGGUCUUGGCUUCUGAUAUCCAGUACUCUUUUUACAAUUCUUGUUUUGUGUUUCUUGGUUUUUCUGGUUAUCUAUUCUAUGUCUGGUUUUCUUUAUGCUGGGUUUUCUGGGUUCAUUCCUUUAUUCCGUUCCUGGAAUUCCCAGUCUCUUGGAUUCCUUUAUAUGUUUGUUUUUUGUUACCACACCAAGUCCUUUGCCAUUUAUCCUUUUUGUUUCAGUGUGAUCCUGCUAGCAGUGGUCUCAAUCCUCUGCUCCUUUCUUUGCAGGUAAGUACUGUGUGUGUUUUAUUGUUGAACUUAUAGUCAUGCAUAUCUAGGCAGUUAGGACCCACCGUAAUUGGAGUACUUUGGCGCAGUGGUGGGCUGCAUACAUCUUGGCCAUUUAUGUAUGUCUAAAUCUUCAAUGUUUAUUACAUAUAUAGUACUUAGUUAUUUCUCCUCUUGUUUUACCUUGUAUCUCUUGUUUUAUUUUAUUUUGUCUUGUAUUUCCAGUUCAUGUACAGUCCUGUCCAGCGGCGUACAUACCGCAAUCACAGGGGUCGCAGCUUCGACCGGGCCCAUGACUCCACGAGGCCCGGCGGACCCCUGCGACCGUGUGCCUGCCGCAGGUGAACGGGCCCAUCGGGUGGCCCAUGCUGUUAGGGCCACCCUAUGGAAAUGAAUAUCAUCAUCAGAGUUGGCCCGGUAACAGCGUGACUGGGCCCCCUCUGAUGUCAGACGCUGGGAGAAAGUGACUGUCGCAGUCACUCCUCCCAGCAACCACCAGGAGCCGCACAGGAGGAAGCAGAGGGAGUCAGAGUUCCCACUCUGACUCCCAUCAACCUGAGCCACCACUGGACCCCAGGGAAAUAUUUUGCAUGUGUGUGUGUUAGUGUAUGUGUGUCUAUGUAUGUGUCUGUAUGUAUAUGUGUGUAUGUGUGUGUAUGUGUGUGUCUAUUUAAAUGUCUGUAUGUAUAUGUGUCUAUGUAUGUGUGUCUGUCUGUCUGUGUCUAUGUAUGUGUAUGUGUGUCUGUAUGCAUGUGUCUGUGUGUCUCUGUAUGUAUGUGUCUGUGUGUUUAUGUGUGUCUCUGUAUGUAUGUGUCUCUGUGUAUGUCUAUGUAUGUGUAUAUAUGUAUGUGUAUAUGUUUCUGUGUGUCUGUAUGUAUGUGUGUAUGUGUCUGUGUGUGUCUAUGUAUGUGUCUAUAUGUGUGUCUGUAUGUAUGUGUCUGUAUGUAUGUGUGCCUGUAUGUAUCUGUGUGUAUGUAUGUGUGUGUGUCUCUGUGUAUGUGUAUGUGUGUCUGUAUGUAUGUGUCUGUGUGUGUGUGUGUCUCUGUCUCUGUGUGUCUGUAUGUGUCUGUCUGUAUGUAUGUAUGUGUAUGUGUGUCUGUAUGAAUGUGACUGUGUGUGUGUCUGUCUAUGUAUGUGUCUGUACGUGUGUACAUAUCUGCAUAAUAUCAAGUUUCUAGGAUCUGCAGAAGCUGCAUCAGGGCCCUGGUAUGUGGCCGCACAAACCUUGGCGCUCAACACCAGGGAAAGUGUGGUUACCCUGCACCAGACCCUGAUUGUUCAUUUCCAUGCUGUGACUUCUACAAUCAUUAGGCAUACAGGGGUCCCAGUCUCUGGACCGCCACCCGUUACAAGUAUAACCUUGGGACCAAAAAGAUCCUGAGCUGUCUGUGAUUUUAAUGUGAACGAUGAUUGAACAGUGUGAUUGAAAUUUAGUAAGCUCAUGCUUCUCUGCGUUGAGAAAGUGAGAUAGUUGAGCAUACUGGAGGGAUGAAGGUUGGCUGUUGGGCAGUUAAGUGGAUAGUGGUUUGAUUCCCUGUUCACUUUGGACUUAACCCAGAGUAAGAUAUUUGGUUUAGGAAAAGGCUUUAAAAGAUUUAUUUUGAAGACCUUGCGGGAAAUCCAGAUUAGAUAUUCUGCAGUAGAGGGGCACUGGAUGAGGAAAGAUAAGUAUAAAAUCCCUUACUUUUGACCAAAUUCAAAGUGUGGGUAGGAUGGUGGAGUGUGACGAGUGGUCAGGGUCUAGAGCAAGUAACCCCUUCUUUUGCCAGGGUGUACUAAAUAGGGGGACCUGAAAGAAGCCACUUUCUAAUAGGGCCAAACAUUUUUGGUUAUAGGGGUAAGCCAUUUCAAAUAUUCUAGUGAAGUCGAUUGCUUUGCAGUAUAAUUCCAUAUUGGAUAAACCUAGGCCACCGUUAAGUUUAUGUAGUCUCAGGAUGUGAUUGGUAAGUCUGGGAUAUUUAUGGGACAAAAUAAACUUGGUAAAAAGUGACUUAAUUGUGGAAAAAAGAAUUAGGUAACAUAAUGGGGAGGUUUUGUAUUAGAUAUAAGAUUUUAGGUAGGGUAUUAAUUUUAAGUAUGUUCAUUCUACAUAGCCAGCCAAAGUAGGGUGUAUUACAGUUAGUGAGAUCCCUAUGGAUUUCCUGAAUAUUAGGCAGAAAAUUUUAAUCGUAAAGCUGAGUAAAUUAGGAAGAUGUACCCCAAGAUAUGUAAUCGCCUUGUCAGCCCAUGAAAAUUGUGAUGAUGCUUGCAAGGCCAAUUUAGUGGAACGAUGCAGCAAAAGACAAAAAGGUUGCACCAAUUAUGAACAGAUGUGUUUAGAAUAUUAAAACACUAAAACAAAUAAACAAAGAACAAGUAGCAUAUAUAAAAGUCAAAAGUCAGUGUGUAAACGUGCAAAGGUAGCAGCCAAAUCCAACAGAGGAGUUUUUUAGCCUUUUCUAUAUUGAUAUCGAGUUCAAAGAUUCUUGCAAACUGUAUAGAUAUAAAAAAACAAAACAAAGAAGAAAGCCAAUAGUGCAAUAUGUUCCAAUAUUAUGUGGUACUUUUAAAGUGCAAAUCUUAUAUAGUCCUACUCACAUUUUAUAGACUUAAGACCAGCUCUAGUAUGAUCGGUGUACAGUGCUAUCAUCCCCACUUGUAGGAUAUGUGUAGUAAUGUAGUCAACAGCACAGUUUUUACAGUGGUAUAUGGACCAUGAGCCCCAAAAAUACAACAAUAGUGCUCACUGUCUACACUAAACCAGGAGUAUAAAUAAAAAUAAAUGUACUCACAUUUAAUUGAGCAGACACACCGCUCAAUGAAUAAAGCGUGAGUAGUAUAAUCCCCACCUAGGAUUAUUUUGUUGAGUAAUGAACAGGAUGCCAGGCAAAAAAAAAAGCAAUAGGAAAGGAAAAUGGCACAAUCACAGUAUAAAAGUAGACAAAAUCACCUUCAUUAGAAUUCUUUAAAAAAUCCACAGCAUGUUUCACCACACAGGGCUUUAUCAAGUGGAAACAAAACAAAAUCCUGUUGGUGAAAUAUGUUGUGGAUUUUUUACCAAGAAAGAGAAACUGAAAAGAUUCAUAUCCGCAAACCAGCUGCUUAACGGGUUUUGUGCCACAUGGCACUUAAUCUAAAGGACAAUAUGCUGACAUGCUGUUGUGAUAUUUAAGCCCUCAAUACAACAUCCAGCUAAUUGACGCAGAGCGUUAACCCCUUAAGAACAAUGCAAAAGAGGAGAAUGCAGCACCUGAAAAAAACUGCCGUAUGCAAAUUAACCCAAUGAAAAAACAACAAUCAAAUAGAUUAAAAAAAUAAGUAUAGAUACUGUAAGAUACCGUAAGUAUCAAGUAUUAAUAAAGAUCAAAUUAUAGCAAAAAAUACACUUCAUGAGAAAAUAAUAAAUAUGCAAAGCACAAAUAUAAAAAAAGUGGACGUUUCCAGCAUGGACUUUGAAUCUUUAUAUAGAGCACUAUAUCUGAGAAAUCUUUUCAUGUCAAUAAUUGUCUGUUAUUCUUCGAAAAUGGAAAAGAAAAGAGAAACCUUCUCUGUUAAUUUGUAUCUCUAUCAUAUUGUAUUAUGAUAAAAGGAAAACAGCCUUGAAUAUUAGAUGCAGAAAAUACUGUAUUUUCCGGCGUAUAAGACUACCCCAGUUAAAAUAUAGAGUUUGGGAUAUACUCGCCGUAUAAGACUACCCCUCUUCCAAUGCACACCAAAUAAAAAUUAGCCAUGAUGUACAGUGAGCAGACAGAGCUACACAGCAAGACAUUAAAUAAUAAUGAUAAUAAUUAUAAUUAUUAUUAUUUGCCAAUCAUUACAUUGGCUUCUUCUACCCUUCAAGACCCAAUUCAGACUACUAACAUCUACCUACAAAGCCCUCAAAAUUUCCACUCUUCACUAUAUUUUUUCUUUACUAACAAAUACACACCUUCAUAUUCCCUUUGCUCUGCGAGCGACCAUCAUUUUUUCAUCUGCUUGUUCCUGCAAGUUGUCUUAUCCCUCAGACCCUCCUCCUCUCUGACUUUCUGUUAUACCUUGUGACGAGAGCAAUCUUGCCAAAUUGCAUUGGAGAAGCCUGGUUGCUCGCCUGUUGCCUUUGGAUUAUGGCCCCAUGUUAAAAGGCUUGAUUUUCCCCUGCAAAGACAAGAAAGCCGGGUCAUUUGGUGCUUGCCCUGUUUGAGCAGUGAUACCCCAGAUAGCUAUGCCAUGGAGCCCAUUCGUAUAAUGAAAGACUAUGGGAAAGACUUUGGCUCCAUGGCAAUUGAACUGUAUGUGUGUGCUCUGAGCGCCAUUCAGUAAUAAUGUGCGCUUAGACCUAAGCUAUCUGGGCAUAUGUUGCAUGUCUGUAUUUUAUGUCAUAAAUGUAACCUUGUGUAUUUUAUUGUAUUUUACUGUCUUUUUGCUGCCAUGUGUUCAAUGGAGUUUUGCCUCUGUCUUUGGAGAUAAUUGGAUUACUUCUAAUUAUCUCCAGGAUAGAAGACUCUGUGGAACUGGUUUUGGGCAGAAAAGCAUUGCUUCCUGUGGUCACAAAGGACUACGAUCUAUCUUUUGAACCACUGGACCAAUUUGUAUGAUUUUGACGUAUGUUUGUAUUUGGAGUAUGCUGAUUCUGAAAAUGUAAGUGAAUGUGAUGCAUACUUUUCAAGUUAUGAAUAAUGUGAAAAAAUUGUAUUGCUCUGCUUGUGCUAAAUUACAUUACCCAUUGUGUAAGUUAAUUGAAUCACAUGCAGAGGGGAGGAAUUUGUGUGGGAGUGCCUGAGUGUAUUGUAUGUGUUUAUUGGUUGUGUUCCAAAACCCUGUGGGUGGUACUAAUGUGUAAGAAUGUGUACAUAAGUACAAUAAACCCACAGCUCUGUCUGACCACUGCUUGACCCUCAACACGGAGCCUUGUCUCAUCUUUGGGGGGAUUUACUGUAUGCUGAUAGCGACUGAUUGCUAGGAGUGUAAGCCGCUUGGAGGCUUUUCCUAUUUGUCUGCUAGCAGCUAUUCAUAUGGUUCCAGUUCGUGUGUUUGGAGUGCUGUAUUGGAUGCCGUUCGGGAGUUUGGAGCAUUCACUUAUUGGCGGUUCAUGAGUUUGGUACUUUACAGUAGCUGUGCCUGCAUCUCUGGAAAGGGGACCGAUCGCCUAAACGUUUUUUACCCCUUGUGUGCAAAACGGUCCGUUACAUACCUCUUCUGUGUCUUUGUCUUUACCCCUUUCUCAAAGACUAUAAGCAGGCUGAAAUAUACCCCCCAAUUCUUUUUACUUUUUUUUUACACUUUUUUUUUUACAUUUAGAACUUGCCAAAUAUUUGCAUCAUCAUUAUAUAUUUGGUUAUUCAAUUCACAAUAACCACAAUUACCAAUCUGUGCCACAGGGCUGCUGGCAGUUCCUGUCCCACCAGGGACAAGGCUUCCCCCUCCCUAGUCCAAGGUAAGACUCAGGGAGGGUGGGGAUACACUUUUUUAAUUCUAAGCAGCCUCUGCCCUCCCUCUACAGCCCUCACCCCCCUUUACAGUCCCUAAUCCCUUGACUACAGCCCCUAACACCCCUUAGAGCCCCUGCCCCCUCUACAGACCCUCUCAGCCCCUGUCCCCCUCUACAGCCCCUGCUCCACCUUCUAUAGCUCCUGUGCCUCCUCUCAGCCCCUGUACCCCAACCACAGCAGUUGCCCCCUUUAAAGCCACUGUGCCUGCCUAUGCAGCCACCAUCUGCUUUCUAUACCCCUGUGUCCCCCCCCCCCACGUUCUACUCACCUCCCCUUCCCUGUGCAGAGUGGGUGGCCGAGCUCCUCUUCGUCCUGUCAGUCCGGCUGGGUACCACGUGGUACAGGGGAUUCAGUUACCUGUUCCCGGCCGGACUGAAAGGAAGUGCACACUGAGUGCUCACUUCCUUUCAGUCCGGCCGGAAACAGGAACUGAAUCUCCUGUACCGCGCGGUACCCGGCCGGACUAACAUGACGAAGAGGAGCUCGGCCACCCACUCUGCACAGGGAAGGGGAGGUGAGAAGAAAGGCAGUGCGGCAGCCGUCUGAGCGCUCUCUAUAGAGCGCUCAGGCAGCGCAGCAUUAGAAGGGCCGGCGAUGGGGGCGCAGGGCGCCCCCUCCUAUAUGGCGCCUUAUACCCGGCGUAUAACACGACCCCCAACUUUGGAGAAGAUUUUCCAGGGUUAAAAAGUAUACGCUGGAAAAUACGGUAAUUUUCUAUGACUUCGCUUUACUAAUCUUGCAUUUUUUUCUUGAUAUGCAUAGGACCCAGUCUAAUAUAAGGACUGGGUCUAGAGCUUCAGUUCUAACUAUGAGGAGGACUCUAUCUAGUCAUCAGGGAAAUCAAAAGAUCUCUGUCCUCGUCCCUGUUCCCCCUCACUAUAUCCACGCAGUUUUGCAGUUAAGAGGCCCCUUGCAUUCCUGACUGUUCUCAAUGAUUCAGGGAGCAGCUGUGAGGGAUCUCCUGAAGUGGUAUGCACACCCUGGGGGUCUGGCUAGAGGUGCAAACUAUAACCAGACCCCCAGGGAAUGCCCUCCACCAAACUACAAGUGUUCAUAUCCCUUCCUGCCAGAUGGUCAGCAGGAGUGGAACAGAUACACAUUUACAAAGAACACACAGCACACACUCCCCCCACACUUAGCGUCCUUACCAUCUUCAGCCCAAACAAUCAACACACAUAAGACUCAUCCACCACACAUAACACUCAGUCACCCCACACAAGAUUCCCCACCCUUAAAACACAAAUUCCUUACAAUGCAUACAGUGCAAUGCAUGUAA